GUCACUUCGAACUUCCUUAUUUUUGAGUUGUUGAAACCCAAAGCACUUGACGUUUGCCGUUUCCAUAUCAUGCAGAUUGCAAGGUGAACGAGUGUGGGAAUUAGUGAGACGGGGUAAGUGGAACGCUGAAUACAUUGUCACAUUCACUGAGCUAGCUAUUUAUUAACACAGGACAUGCUGCGUUUAAUGGAACAGAUAUUGUCAUCAGGUGGAAGAUUAGUCGAAAGCACAUAUUGUCAGGUAAUGGCGAGCUAGUAAAUGCUGCCAAUUGCAACUUCCAUUCUGUUCAGCCAACAUUGUUCUAUGAUCAUAGACACACGUAAUAAUUCAAUAGCUUUAAGAGAUCGGCUAUUGAUGAUCUUGUAAAUCUGGAUUGUAAUUCCCAUCAUGCUAAGCCAGUAAUAAUGAAAUUAAGUGAAUUAUUUAAGCGAUACUGUUCAUGGCCAUGGCUUGCUGAGUAUUAGAGGGAUUGCAGCCUACAGCAGCUGUAGGGAUGAAUAUUUUUGUACCAUGUAGUAUAGUCACCUGCAGCAGAGAGUCAGGUUUAUAUACCGUUUAUCUUAUAUAGGGGACACUUUCUAAAUUGAUAUAUAUUAAAUGUAAAGAUUUACUGUACAGUAUAAGCACGUCACGAGAAGUUUAACAAGUAAUCUGACAUGUUCCUUCAAAAAGUGCCCUGAAAAUGAAUGUUGUUUGUUGAGUUUUGGUUAAAGGAAUUGUAAAUGUUAGCUUAUGAGUUAUGCAUUUAGGAUCACUGUGACUCUCAUCACUCCAGCCAGACCAAACCUGGUUGAGAGUGAUAGUCGCUCCAGCAUCUUCAGUAUGUCCACUAGCACAACGGUGUGUAUGUAUGAUUUUCUCAAGCCUCCAUGAUGUGGUAUAUUUUUGAGCAUUCCUCAUUCUCAAGGUCCUCUGCCAGAGGCCUGGGAGUCUGAGGGUUCUGCGUAGGAUCUUAGCUGUUCCUAGAACUGCACCAUUCUCACGUUCCUUCAAUAUACGGCAAUGGUUACCGGCCCCAGCUUACCUGACCAUCACUCCUGACCGAUUUAAACAGGUAUUGAGGAAAUUAACUUUCUGCAUUAUUUGGGGGGCAGGUGAGAGCAGGGCUUUCAGUGGUAGGAAAACGUCAUUUUUUUUUGUCAGGCUGUUCAAAAACUGGUAAUUAUAUAAUCAAUCCAAUGUAACAAGACAAUAAACUGAAAUAAUAUAAUAAGCUUUAAUCAUACAAUCAAUUGCAAUAAGGUGCUAAGCUGUAAUAAUACCAUGAGCUGUAAUAAUGCAAUAAACAGUACAUUGUGUAAUAAAAUAAUAAGCUGCAGUGAUACAAUAAGCUGUAUAAAUAAGAUUAGCACUUUUAAUAUAGUUGGCUAUAACGAUAAGAUAAGCUGUAAUAAGAUAUUGUGCUGUAAUAAUGCACUACGCUUGUAAUGAUACAAUACGUUGGAAUAUUAUAAUAUACUGUAGUAGUUAUGGUGCCUAGAGUGUCCCUUUACAAGUUCUGUGAUUUAUUUGUUUAUUUUUUGUGGUGUUGGUUAAACCUACUAUCCUUAUUCCUAAUUAAAUAAAUCAUUACCCUCUUACCUAUUAAAACACAACACCCCGUCGUGGGAAAUUCAAGACAAGAAUGAGGAUAGUCAUAGAAGUUUGAACCUACAUGCAGCGUUUUACCGUUUCAGAUAUUCGGAUGUAGUAUUUAAUCAUUUGUUUUAUACACUGUAACUAUUUAAGCUUAAUUUAUUAUUUAUUUGUAAUCAUUAUUAUGUCCGCACCUACUGAACCUUGCCUUCUAUCCUGAUAAGAGUGAUACUAAAUGGCCUGGACAAUGUUUUCACACUGUAAUACAGAUGCUGUAAGGAAUAUGGUGGAAACCUGGUUUUUGAGACAGUUGUUUUUUUUUUUGCUGUAGCUGGGAUUUUAUCCCGCUCUUUUUUGCAGAUCCUCUCCAAGUCAUUAAGGUUUCAAGGCGUUUGACCUUAAUGUGCUUCUUCUUGAGCCACUCGUUUGUUGCCUUGGCUGUGUGUUUUGGGUCAUUGUCAUGCUGGACUACCCACCCACGACCCAUUUUCAAUGCCCUGGCUGAGGGAGAAAGGUUCUCACCCAAGAUUUGAUGGUACAUGGCCCUGUCUAUCGUCCCCGUGAUGUGGUGCAGUUGUCCUGUCCCCUUAGCAGAAAAACACAGUCAAAGUGUAAUUUUUCCACCUCCAUGUCAGUGGGGAUGGUGUUGUUAGGGUCAUAGGCUGCAUUCCUCCUCCAAACAGUUGAGUUGAGUUGAUGCCAAAGAGUUCUAUUUUGGUCUCAUCUGACCACAAAACUUUCACCCAGUUCUCCUCUGAAUCAUUCAGAUGUUCACUGGCAAACUUUAUACGGGCCUGUGCAUGUGCUUUCUUGAGCAGAGGGACCUUGCGGGCUCUGCAGGAUUUUGGUCCCUCUCGGCAUAGUGUGUUACCGAUUGUUUUCUUGGUGACUAUGGUCGCACCAACUGUUGUCACCUUUUCACCAAGCUGCUCGGCGAUGGUCUUGUAGCCCAUUCCAGCCUUGUGUAGGUCUACAAUCUUGUCCCUGACAUACUUGGACAGCUCUUUGGUCUUGGCCAUGGUGGAGAGUUUGGAAUCUGAUUGAUUGCUCCUGUGGACAGGUGUCUUUUAUACAGGUAACGUGCUGAGAUUAGGAGCACUCCCUUUAGGAGAGUGCUCCUAAUCUCAGCUCGUUAACUGUAUAAUAGACACCUGGGAACCAGAAAUCUUGCUGAUUGAUAGGAGAUGAAAUACUUAUUUCACUCAUUGACAUGGAAAUCAAUUUAUAACUUUUUUGACACACGUUUUUCUGGAUUUCUUUUUGUUAUUCUGUCUCUCUCUGUUAAAAUACACCUACCAUUAAAAUUUUAGACUGCUCAUUUCUUUGUCAGUGGACAAAUGUACAAAAUCACCAGGGGAUCAAAUACUUUUUCCCUCACUGUAUACAGGGCCACCAUCAGGGGGUGACAACCAUGACGGUUGUCACUGGCCCGGCGGUCCUGGGGGGCCCGGCCGCCUGGGCCCCACGUGGAGCGGCGAAACUGCCGCAGGUGCAUCUGCACCGGGGCCCAUCAGGUGGCCCAAGCAUUUAGGGCCACCUGAUGAGCCCUAUAUUUUCAGGGGCCCGGUUGUGCAAUUACAUGGCCGCAGCGCUGACCGGGCCCCUGAAAAUAUAGGGCUCAUGUAUGUCUGUUUGUCAGUAUGUAUGUAUGUCUGUGAGUGUAUGUAUAUAUCUAUCAGUAUGCAUGUAUGUCUGUGUAUGUAUAUAUGUGUGUAUGUCUGUGUGUGUAUGUCAGUAUGUAUGUAUGUAUAUAUCUAUCAGUAUGUAUGUGUGUAUGUUUGUCAGUAUGUAUGUGUGUAUAUCAGUAUGUAUAUAUGUCUGUGUGUGUCAGUAUGUAUAUGUCUGUGUAUGUUUGUAUGUAUGUAUGUAUGUAUGUCAGUAUGCAUGUGUAUGUAUGUAUGUCAGUAUGUAUUUAUGUGUAUGUCUGUAUGUCAGUUUGUAUGUAUGUAUGUAUGUAUGUUUGUACGUCAGUGUGUGUGUGUCUGUAUCUGUAUCUCCUUAUGCAUGUGUAUGUGUCUAUAUUUGUGUAUGUCUGUUUCAGUAUUUGUGUCUGUUAGUAUGUCUGUAUCUUUCUGUGUGUGUGUGUAUUCCUGUGGGCGGGAUUUGGAGGCGGGCAUCCGGGGCACAGACCUUUAUCUAUGUUACAGGCCCCACAAUGAAGGAAUGAAGGGGUUACUGGCCUUUAAACACUAUUAGGAUGUUUUGGCUGCCGAAUGAUCCCUUUCUCUGAUGUUACCCUUAUAAUAUCAGCGCAGCAAUUUACUAACAACUCCCAAUAGUUUUACUUUAAAAAUAUGUAAAUCUUGACCCUGUUACACACUGCAAUGCUGACAGCUAAAACUUUGUCAUUUUACCAUCAUGUUGGGCAACAAACACAUUGUUGCCCAACAUGAUGAUAAAAUGACAGAAUUUUUACUUUUGAUGAAUCAUUAUUGCGCAGUUCAUUUUGGGAAGCAUGUUGCUUAUUUUACCACUUGAAAUUGUCAGUUUAGCUGACCUCAUUGGCAAAUACAAACCGCAACAAGCCCAUUAUACAACUCGGAAAUGAGGAAAAAUGUUUGUUUCAAAUUUAAUGUAGAAAGGAAAAAAUUCUUCGUCAGCUAUUCCUCUAGUUUGGCUACGUUGGCCUCUCUGAAUUCUUCCUUUAGUAAAUAGUCCUGAACUAAUUUCACUUCUAUGUAAUAUAGUGUUUGUAAAAUGAAUAUGUAUUAAUGAGUAAGAAAAUGUAUUGCUUUUUAAAGAAUUUGACCAAAAAAAUCAGCGCAAUAGUCGCAAGACUGUCAAGCGUGAUUUAUGUACUACAUAUUAUGUAUCUAAUAGGUAACUAACUAUAGGCUGUGCCUUUUUUUUUCUAAAUGUUUUAAUUAAAUAAUGCUUUAAAAAAAUCUAUAUAUUAUUUAAAAUGUUUUUUAGCAUGCUAUAUGGCCUCUGUGUAUUAUUUUGUAACCCUGUGAGAGCAGCCGUCUUUCAGUCCUCCUAUCGUCAGAUACUCAGUGUAUACAAACAAUUGGACUUUGCAGGAAAUGAACAGCUUGUUGGUUUUCAUGAAAUCUGACAUGUUACGCAAAUCCAACGCAUCUCAAAAAUGUGCUCUAGGAUGUAUUCUGGCUUUUAUAUUGCGUAUAGUCUUGGCAGUAUCGUUUCUGACCAACGACAGAUAAAGAUGCAAACCUUAUGCAGUAGACUUGUGCAGGGUGGAGAUUUGAAUAAAUUCAGAAGAAAAUUUAUUUUAUUUUGCAUUAAACAAAUUUUAGCUAUUCGUCAAUUCAUUUUGGAUGAAAUAUUUGAAUUUUGACAUUUCCAUUCAGAUCAGCUGUGAUCUUUCAGUGGUUUUGAAAGUAGAUAGGUCCUUGAUUGGGUAUCCUUACGUGGGAGCGCCAUAUUUAAGGGUACCAACAUAAAAUGUGAAAGCAUUUGUAAUAAUUCGAGUUGACACCAAUAGGUACAUAAAUAGUAGCUUGGUGUAAAUCAGAGCCCCAUAAUCAAAUUAAUAUACAUAUUUAUAUACAGCACACUGAAUUUACACUGAGUAUAUUGUUACAAUGUAUACCAGUUGUAGUUUAAUAUUCAGUGUAAAAAAACAAACAAAAAACAGGUAGUUUUCCAAGUGCCCAGUUUUCAAGUGAAUAAAGUGUGUGUGUAUUUAUUUAUUUUAUCCUCCCUUCCAAAUAAGAGACUGUUAGAGAAGAACCGUGAGUAAUGGGAAAAUAUGAUGUAAACUGUGAGAUACGUUGGUGUUGCAGUUGACUUACACAAUGGCAGAUCUGUCAACGGACUGAAAUAUCAGUGCUGGAAAUAGAGGGGUCAGGGGUUCUAUUCUAUUUAAUUUAAAAUAUCAUAUAGUGCGCUAAACAACAUACAGAAGGUAAACACCAAUAAUUUGCAGCAUGUGAUCUGGCCGUUGUUUUAACAUGUCUAUCGCGGAAAUUCAGCUCAGACAAAACAUUUAGUUUUUUUCUGAAAAUAGAAAAAUUUUCAGGUACACCCACAUUUUGGUUCAUAGGUUAAGAGAAGGAAGGCAGGAGGAGCAGUAACAGAAAUACAAAUCUAUAUACGGUAUUAAAUAUACCAAUACAGAUUUAUUUAUAUGUUCGCCGACUCCCACCCCUUGUGUUGGUUAGGCUGGGGGUCCUACGAUUUUUAUCAGACUGUACUGCUCUAGAAAGUGUCUCUGUUAAAAUGUCAGUUGUCGUCAAAUGUCCCCAUUCUAUAAUUGUAAAGCGCUGCUGUAUAUGUUGGUGCUAUAUAAAUGCUAUUAAUGAUCACCAGUGGAAUGUGCCUGCUGGUUCCCAAUUUUUAAAUCUCCCGCAUUAUGUAUGGCAAUAUAUUUAUUUUCUUAUAAAAAUGUAUUCUUAUCAGGUGAUUUAUUGGAAUGAUCCUACGCCAUUUUUUUAGAACAGUGUAAUAUAAAGUAUAUUUAUUGAAAAUAAAAAUUAAAGACAAUGAAUAUUAACUAUUCCUAACAGAAUUAUUUACAAAAGUGAGAAUUCAAAGUGAACUUCAAAAUUUGGGUCAAAAUAGUCAAAUUGGGAAAAAUCCUUCAAACCAGUUGGAUUGUGUCUGUUUGUCUGUCCCAGUUUCUACCGGUAUGUGUCCCGCCCUCCAGCAGAUUGACCCUAUGUUCUCUAACAGGGAGAGUAUGCUAACUAUGCAAUGUUUAUGCAGUAAUUUCACACAGUGAAUGAAAUUAUUUUGUAAAUAAUUGAGUUUAUUUGUCAUUAAAGGGCCCGUGAUAACACAACCGAGAUUCUGUGCCAGAGGAAAGACAGACGUCCUUUGUCCGUGUUGUCAUUGGGUUUCAGGGCAUUUAAUGGUGGGUGACAGUUGUAGACUCUUUCUCAAUGAGUUUUGCGGAGGAUUGCAGUUUGUCUGAGUGAGAGCACAACAGGUCAUUGUGAGAGAACAGCAUCCAUAUGAAGGGAUGGCGUGGGCAGGAGAGAGAGAGGAAUGAUAGAGUGCAGAGAGAGAGUUUGUGUAAUAAGUGUGUAAUAAGAGUGUGUGUGUGUGUGUAAUGAGAGUUGUUGUGUAAAGAGAGGGAGAGUUUGUGUGUAUAGUGAGAGAUAAAGAGUGUCUGAAUAGAAAGAGAAGGUUUAUAGAACGUGUAGCAGUGAAUAAUAGAUAAAAUAUGUGAGUGUAGUAGUAAGGAUAUGGAAGAAUUCUCAGUACGUUUUAUCAGUGACUACCAAAAGGCCCAGUAUUAAAGGAGAGACCAGUGUAUUACCAGACCUUACAGUGACUGGGCUCACAGAUAGACGUAGGAAAGAUCAGCUGAGCUGCCCAAAAUACAGGCCAGGGCUAGAAAAGCUAAUUAUAAAUACGUUCUGAAACACAAACACAGGACUAGGUCAAAGCCAGGUCUGUUACACAGGAACACGGGACAGGAUAAUGACCAGGUCAGGGACGUGACCCGGUCUGUUACACAGGAACACGGGACAGGAUAAUGACCAGGUCAGGGACGUGACCCGGUCUGUUACACAGGAACACGGGAUAGGAUAAUGACCAGGUCAGGGACGUGACCAGGUCUGGUACACAGGAUCAUCGGACAGGAUAAUGACCAGGUGAGGGAAGUGACCCGGUUUGGUAUACAGGAACACGGGACAGGAUAAUGACCAGGUCAGGGACGUGACCCGGUCUGUUACACAGGAACACGGGACAGGAUAAUGACCAGGUCAGGGACUUGACCCAGUAUGGUACACAGGAUCAUCGGACAGGAUAAUGACCAGGUGAGGGAAGUGACCAGGUUUGGUACACAGGAACAUGGGACAGGAUAAUGACCAGGUCAGGGACGUGACCCGGUCUGGUACACAGGAACACUGGACAGGAUAAUGACCAGGUCAGAACCCAGUCUGGUACACAGGAUCACCGGAUAGGAUAAUGACCAGGUCAGGGACGUGACCCGAUCUGGAACACUGGAUCAUCGGACAGGAUAAUGACCAGGUCAGGGACGCGACCCGGUAUGGUACACAGGAUCAUCGAACAGGAUAAUGACCAGGUCAGGGACGUGACCCGGUUUGGUACACAGGAACACUGGACAGGAUAAUGACCAGGUCAGAACUUUACCCAGUCUGGUACACAGGAUCACCGGAUAGGAUAUUGACCAGGUCAGGGACGUGACCCGAUCUGGAACAUUGGAUCAUCGAACAGGAUAAUGACCAGGUCAGGGACGUGACCCGGUAUGGUACACAGGAUCAUCGGACAGGAUAAUGACCAGGUCAAGGACGUGACCCGGUUUGGUACACAGGAACACUGGACAGGAUAAUGACCAGGUGAGGGAAGUGACCCGGUUUGGUACACAGGAAAACAGGACAGGAUAAUGACCAGGUCAGGGACGUGACCCGGUUUGGUACACAGGAACACGGGACAGGAUAAUGACCAGGUCAGGGACGUGACCCGGUCUGAUACACAGGAACACGGGAUAGGAUAAUUAUUAGGUCAGGCACGUGAUCCGGUCUGGUACACAGGAACACGGGACAGGAUAAUGACCAGGUCAGGGACGUGACCCGGUCUGGUACACAGGAACACGGGACAGGAUAAUGACCAGGUUAGUGACGUGACAGGGUCUGGUUCACAGGAUCUCCGGACAGGCUAAUGACCAGGUCAGGGAAGUGACCAGGUCUGGUACACAGGAUCACCAGAUAGGAUAAUGACCAGGUUAGGGAAGUGACCAGGUCUGGUACACAGGAUCACCAGAUAGGAUAAUGACCAGGUUAGGGAAGUGACCCAGUCUGGUACACAGGAUCAUCGGACAGGAUAAUGACCAGGUCAGGGAUGUGACAGGGUCUGGUACACAGGAUCACUAGACAGGAUAAUGACCAGGUCAGGGACAUGACCCGGUCUGGUACACAGGAUCACCUGAUAGGCUAAGGACCAGGUCAGGCACGUGACAGAGUCUGGUAGAUUGAAACAGCAAUCUGAUACUGAAUAACAAGAUUAACGUCCGUGAGACCAUAAAAGGUUGCUGACCUGUAGAUGAUAGAUGUUUAUAUAGGCCCAGGCUCUUACGUCAGAUUUGCGGCAUUUCUGCCCAUGCAUACUAGGUGACUCAUUUUCAAAAUGACCAGAAUUGACAUGAAUUGACAUGGCUGUUUCAUUUUUGGUGAAUACACUUGGAAUUCAACUUAAUAGUAUAGAGGGAUGGGAGAUGGGGUGGUCUUACAGUAGUGAAACGAGUGUGAAGGAGGGAUUGUGUAGGUAGAGAAAAAUAUGGGAAAACUGUAAAGGAAAAAGACAAAAAGGAGGCCAGUGUCCACUGGAUCAUUGCAGAGACAGAGAUAGAGAAACAGACCAAGACAGAGAAAGAUAGCGGCAAGGACAAAAAUGAAUACUGACAGACAGUGAGAGAAGCAGAGACAGAGCAGCAUCGACAAACAAAUGAUAGACUGCGGGGGAAGAGGUGGCACUGACCCUUUUAUUAUCCCGUUUUUGAAAGUUAGAAAAUUAGUAGACCAUGUUGUAGAUCCGAAAGGAAAGUUGUAUUUAAAUAUUUUUUUAAUAGCGUCAAUGGAUACCUUCAUACAGUGUCAAUGUAUACCUUCAUACAGUGUCAAUGUAUCCCUUCAUACAGUGUCAAUGUUUACCUUCAUACAGUGUUAAUAUAUACCUUCAUACAGUGUCAAUGUAUACCUUCAUACAGCGUCAAUGUAUACCUUCAUACAGUGUCAAUGUAUCCCUUCAUACAGCGUUAAUAUAUACCUUCAUACAGCGUCAAUGUAUACCUUCAUACAGCGUCAAUGUAUACCUUCAUACAGCGUCAACGUAUACCUUCAUACAGUGUCAAUGUAUUUUUCUAUACUGAUUCCAGGAGUGAUAUUUUACAUCUCUAAAUGGAGAGGGUGCAGCCAUGUCCAGUCAGUAAAACGACUCUAAUAUAAACGCUGCUCCCACUCUGACAUCACAGCGCCAGUACUGACGUUGAGUGAUGUCGCAGGAUAACUUCCUGCUCUUGUAACAAGCACCAGGUGGAAUGACCUUUGCUUUCACUACUAGAAAGGUGCUAUAUUUAGCUGCUCCCCCUUGUUACGCCAGCCCCCGUGUUACAUUGUAUAAUGGCAGGAGAGGUGUCAAAGUAUCUUUACCAUCUAUUUUUAUCUGCCCUUAAUCCUCCAGCUACCCAACAUCUGAUGACUGACAGUGAGUUAAUCUGUUAUAACACAUGCUGUGUGACAGAGCAAGGUGUGGAAUUCAUAGGGUUAACAAAGCCAUGUGUACGUCUGCGUGACCCACUUACUAAUAGCUGCCUGUACAGACAAGUAUUACACAUGGGGUUAAUAGCUGGCUGGGAUAGUUGUCACAUCAGCUAAACCACAUGCCAAUAGGAGGGGCGAGGGGUGAGAGGGUGCUCCCCUCCCAAACAUGUAGUGCCUGCAGCUCUGAAAAUAGUCUGUGUGUCAUUACAUUGGAUGGAAGGUGUGCACUGCCUACAUUCUGCUGCCCAAGGUAAGACAGUGACCCAUAUACAGAACGCUGGGUCACUCACUGCAGAUUUAUCGUGGGGAACUGAGGAGGGAAUUCCAAGUUUUAGGCCAAAAUCUGAAAAAAAACUAAAAACAGCUGAGUUGUGGAGGGUAUAAGUUUUCUCUAUUUUUGCGUUUUCUUUUUAUCUUCUAAAAUAUUGUAUUCUCUUGAUAAUUAUCUACUAUUCCUCUUUUAGUGAAUAAUGCCCUCAGUCUAUCCUCUGUUAUGCCCCAAGCACAUUGCCAGCCAUCCUUUCAAUUGAUGUCAUUUAAAUUCAUGACCCCAUCAUACCCUUUACUUUGUGGUGAUAGAGCUACCUGGGGACACUGGGGGGUCUACGUUCCAGUCCGCCAUAAGAAGUAAUUCUUUGGUUUAUAAAUUAUCAUGUAAAAAUUCUAUUAACACAACGAAAUUAUUUAAAUUAUAGUUUAUUGGAGAAAAUGGUAUCACAUCCUUACAUGUUAAUAUCAAGGAAUGGGAUUCAGAGCAGGAUAGUGAAAGUUAAAUAUGAAAAGGCUUUUUCUUUGUAAAAGUGGGCCAGUUCCACUGGUUUGAUGGCUUUUUAACUCCAUCUGGUCAUGUAAAGAUUGCAAGCCCCGGGCCUUGUUGUUAAUGUCUGAAGUUCUUAAAACGAUUGAGGAAGUUUUGUGCAAAGGAUUUGCUUGUUUGUUGACAGUUACUUGAUAUUAGUAUCGGCAACAAACCUUCUAACUGAAUUCACUAUUCUCGGAGGCUCACGUUACCUCUGUCUCUGCCUAUAGAUUCCUAGGUCAUUUUGUUCAUAUCACUUGAAUCUCUUACCCCAGAACACAUUCUAUAGCAUCCAAUGACCCCCAAAUAUUCAGAUGUCUUAAAUCAGGAGUCUGGAUACAAUAUUCAGGGGUUAUGAACUCAUGCUUGAUAUCUUUUCUCAGAUACUGCAAACACAACCGUUACUGGAUAAUCUAUAGGACACAUACUUGUGUACAUCCUAAAACAUUUCAUAUGAGUUCAUUUGUAGUAGAAAUUCUAUUUGUGUUUUGUGUAAAAUGGCAGAAAAGGUAAGCGUUUAGUGACUCAGGACUAGUUCAAUACCUGCUUGAUAACCCCGUAUGACCCUCCAGCCUCUGGCCAAUACAUGGUUUCCUUUAUGUUCCUUUGAAUAAGACUGUUGCACUCAUUUAGGUACUUCUAGAAAAUAUGUUUAUCAACAACCGAUAUCCGUGACUGAUUCUCUGGCUGAGUCUGGUUAGUGAUUCAGGUUGGACACUCCUAGUGUCUUGACUUGAACAAAGGACUAGUGUAAACAUCAGUGAUUGCAAACCGUAAAAAAAAAAAAAAAAAGGUAAAAUUAAAAAAAUCCACUGCUUCCGGGAUUCUACAUCAGAAUGCAGUUAUUAUCAACCAUGCCUUCUCGGGCACUGCACACAGGCCUGGAACAACCGCACUUGGCAGAAUAGAGCCAUCUUGCAGCGUGGGUGCCGGGGGAACCAUUGAUGGUGCCACAGCACUCUUCCUGCUGUGCUUAUGGUGCCUUGAUUGUUCUUUUAAAAUGUGGUGAUUUUGGUGGUUAGUGUCACUUUUAGAAUAAAAUGGCCUGCAUGUCCGUGAAAUAUUUCUGGACCACACUGUUUGCAAUCCUGAGACUUGCUCUUACACUGUGUUAUACCGACACUGUAAAAUGGCUGUAGGCUUUCAAGGACAUUAUUUGAUGCACGCACUAUUAUUUUACAACCAAAUAAAUGUAUCCAGCGGUUUACCUCUCACCAAGUACAUUACAGAGUAAAGUUAUGUAUCAUGCAGCUUCAGUGCCAUAGGAAUUAAAGGGGAACUUUUAUAAUAUUUUUUUUUUUAUCCCCUAUAUUUACAAACCUGCAUUUGUAUAGAGAGAAGAAUAAAGUUACACGUUGCAGCUGGGUGCUUCCAUGUUUGCUCCCUUUAAAUCACGUCUAUAGUCGUUGCUAUAAGCUCUGUCCUUUUCACCUGGCAGUUAGUAUACAGAGAGCAGACAGAGAGGAGGAGAAAUGGAAGUUGUUGCCUCUGCGUGCACGUGGUUGCCAGUAUUGUGAAAAUACACAAUUUUUCGUAUGUAUAACAUGAUUAAUCCACCUUUACACACUUUUUUUGUCUUUUCUGUAAUGCACUAAUAUAAUCUGUUUUCCUGACACUUUUUAUUACUCAUUCAGAUUUUUUAGCUCCAUUUUUUUCCUGAUGAUUUUACCAGUGAUUACAUUCACCGAAUCAGACAAAUGAUUCAGAUCGCUAGGAAAACAAUAGGCGCAUUUGCAACCUGAAGCAUUUUUUUUUAGUCCUCACAAUUGCUACUUACCUUCUGACAGUGUUGGGAGAAAAAAAACUAUGUGUACUUUAGCACCUCUUUUAUACACAUCGAGAGCACCAAUAUUAUACUGACAAAAAACUGUCAAGAAGUGAGCAAACAGGAAAAAAAAAUUGGCCCAAGUAGAAAAUGUGACAAAAUUCUGGCACGAAAACAUUCACGCCAAACCUGAAAUAUUUCUCCUACUCAUGUUUGGUGUGUACCCAUUCUGUGUCCGGACUGACCAGAAUUGUGAUGCCAUUUUUCAGAUUUUUAAAAUAAAUGUAAAAGGAAACGGGAAAAAAAAUGUGCAUGUUGUAUAGCUGAUUUUCAGUGUUUAUAGUCAAUGGUAUAAUUUACAGAGAAGUGACUGUUCUGGCAAGGCCACCCCUUAAGGAAGGAAAGUAAUUACACAACGUGUUAACUGGCAGGAAAUUGUUAGAACUUGUCUUCAAACCAGGGAGGAGAGGUUAAUUACUGCUAGCUCACAGACUAGGCUCCCAGGCAAUAGGUGAAGCUGUUUAGCUCCAGCACAGAAUCGGCUUGUUUUAAAUACUGGAAAAAUACAGAAACGAAAGCUAAGAAUCUGCUGAAACUCCACCAAGUUCUAUGAGAAUCUCCCAUUCCCAGCGUUAUUGUAAGUUAUGUUUCCAUUUGAUUAUUUCAAGGUCCAGUACCAGGUGCAGGACAGCUGACAGAGAAGGAGUGGAUACAAUUGGGAAUCUACAAUCAGGGGAUUAUUCACUAAACUCUGAAUUGCAGUUUGAAUGACAAGAUUUAGGGUAAAGUCCUGCGCAGCAGUCUGGCUACUUCUGCCAUUUGGAGAUUCAUUUGCCAUAAUACGGAAUUCAGGGACUGAAGCUGCAGAAUAUGACUCGAUCACAAACCAGCAAUGUUUUUGUCAAAGCUAAAGUGUAAAAAAUGAGAUAAUAUAUAUUAUUUUUUUGUCUGGUUGAGAAUCAAGCAGCGAGUGUUUGUGUAAUUUUCUGAACACAAAUACUCCCAGACUAAAACUAUGUAGUAGAUAGAAUGAUCUCAAAUAAGACACGGCACUGUGUUCCUUUAACCCGCUAUGUAGUGCCAUGGUGACAUUUCUGUGCACAGUUUACGUUACGGUUUACUUGACUUGAAAUGCAUUUCAGCUGGUACAAAUCAAACUCAUUUUUUAAUCCACACCCGAACAAAUUGAUCCAUCCAGGAUUUACCUGGGGAUCCUUAUUAAACCAGCGCAGAUUAAAAGACAUUUGAUUUGUUUGUACCAGAUGAAACACACUGUGCCCAAGACUAUGAUUUGCCACAGCAAAGCAAAUGAUUAGAUUUUGUGAGUUUAAAGUAGAAAUAAGAAAUUAUGUAUUUUUUUCCCCUCCAACUUUUAUUAUUAUUAAUUUUUUUUUAAUUAUGGCGGGUUAUUACAUUUCCCCAUUAACCAAUAAUACAAUAUUUAGGAUAAGUUUCCAGUUCAGCAGAGGGGCAGACGUGUCUUAAUUACUUCAAGGAACACUGUACUCACUAUAAUAACUUCAUCUAGAUCUGUAUAGUACUUACAGUUGUUUCCCCCCCCAUCUAAAUAUUUUAUUAAUUAGAAGGCUUGGAAGCAUGGCUUCAAGCCACACCUCCAAGCACUUUGGGUAUGCGUACCGGGAAUGUGCAUCCUGGCUCUCAUAUCCUUGCGUACUGUGAUGUCACACAUGCAUGCGCAGUUCUGUCACAGUCUUCCAUGGAGAAUCAUUACAUGCAAGGUGGAGCAUUGGAUUGUACCUCAUCCAGGAGGCACGCCUCCAAGGUGACAUCACGCUCUGGGUGGUGCGCUGCAGUGCUGAGGAAGACUCAACGCUGGAAAGAAUAUCAUUAGAUCCAUUAUUUUACUUUUUUUUUUUUCUUAGUCUAAUGCAGGCUGAGGGGAUACUAAAACAAACUAGGGACAUGAAUACUGUAGCAUUAGUGUUCGUUUAACAAAUGUAUGAGUGUUGCAAUGAUCUCACUUUCUUUAUAAAGAAAUCUGCAAGUAAAUGCUUAAUACAUAACCCAAAAAAGUGGACAGUGCUAAACAAUUCUUUAACAAUGUGCAGCAAAAAAUUAUAAAAGUGAUAAAACCAGCAGCAAUCAUAACCGUUAAUACAUGUUUAUAUGUUUCCAGGAACAUUUUGUCAUCAGUAAGUGUUCAGGACAGAUAUGAGAAAUGUAGCAGAACACAGUGCUUAAACGGAUAUAUUGCAAUAUAUUAUAUUUGAUAAAUCCUGCUAAUAUCUGACGGCUGCUAACUUUUUGUGCUCUUUCUGAAAAGUAUGUUUCUUACUUAUUUCUGGCCUUCUAACUUUUAGUUUUUUCACGUUAAAUUCUAAAAAAAGGACAAACUUGUCUCUUCUAUAAAAAGGAGAGCGUGUGCAUAGCCCUGUUUAGACUCUGUGAUCUACGCUGUUAUAUAAACCGAUAGCAGCAAGGUAUGGAUGAUGGACAGCAAGGUAUGGAUGAAGGACAGUGUGAUGAGACCAAUCUCGCCACUGUGCACUGGAGGAGCCUGGUUGCCCGCCUGCUGCCUUUAGACUAUGGCCCCAUGUUGAAACACUUGAUUUUCCCCUGCAAAGACACGAAAGCCGGGUCAUUUGGUGCUUGCCCUGUUUGAGCGGUGAUACCCCAGAUAGCUAUGCCAUGGAGCCCAUUCGUAUAAUGAAAGACUUUGGCUCCAUGGCAAUUGAACUGUAUGUGUGUGAUCUGAGCGCCAUUCAGUAAUAAUGUGCGCUCAGAUCUAAGCUAUCUGGGGAUUUGUUGAAUGUACCUGUUUUAUGCAAUGGCUGCACAGAUAUGUAUUUUUAUGUAUUUUAUUGUCUUUUGCUGCCAUGUGUUUAAUGGAGUUUUGCCUCUGUCCUUGGAGAUAAUUGGAUUACUUCUCAAUUAUGUCUAGGAUAGAAGACUCGGUGGAACUGGUUUUGGGCAGAAAAGCCAUGCUUCAUUUGGUCACAAAGGACUACGAUCUAUCUUUUGAACCACUGGACCAAUUUGUAUGAUUUUGACGUAUGUUUGUAUUUGGAGUAUGCUGAUGAGAAUGUAAGUUUCAUGUGAAUGUGAUGCAUACUUUUAAAAUUAUGAAUAAUGUGGAAAAACUGUAUUUCUCUGCCUGUGAUAAUUACAUUACCCAUUGUGUAAGGUAAUUGUAUCACGGCAGAGGGGAGGAUUUUGUGUGGGAGUGUCUGAGUGUAUUGUACGUGUUUAUUGGUUGUUUUACAAAAUCCUGUGGGUGGUACUAAUGUGUAUAUAAGAACAAUAAACCCACAGCUCUGUCUGUUCCUGCUUGACCCUCAAAACGGAGCCUUGUCUCGUUCUUGGGGGGACUUGUUGUAUGCUGUUCCAGUUCGACUGCUAGGAGUGUAAACCUAUUCGUAUGAUUUUUCCUAUUUGGCUGUUUACAGCAUUCGUAUGUUUGAGAGCAUUCGUAUGCUUCUCCGGUUCGGUGGAUUGGUGUCUACAGUAGCUGUGCCUGUGUCUCUGGAAGGGAAGAUCUACUAAACGGCGGUUUAACCCUUUUAUGCCUGGGGGUGCCGUUACAGACAGCAAGGUAUGAUCUAAAGGAGUUUAGGGGAUAUGAUGAGAUCCCAUAGAUUGAUGGACACAGCCUGGUCAGGAAGUAGUCAAAGCGCUACGGAUUCUUUUUUGCGCAAGUGCAAAAUAUUUGGGAAUUUAACAUUUUAAACAUUUUUAUUUUUCAAUUUUCUGGGUAUUUUUUCUUUUGUUAUUAUCAAUGUCCUAGAUUAAAAAUAGCAGGAGAUGUUGUACAUUUGUGUCCCUUUAUCAUAAAACAAUGUAUCCUAAAGUUAUAUUCUAAUAAAGAGGAAUUGCCCAAGAGCUGGUAAGGGUGCAGAGGAAAUGCAAAAAUCCUGUUAUGUCUGUAAUUGCAAAAUGUUUAAAUUGCUGUGUAAAGCAGAUGAUGAUUUAGAAAACCCCUGACGUAUAGCUUAUUAGCGCAAAACCACAAAGACUCAACGUCACGUGGCCUUAGCCACAGCGAGUUCAGUAAAUCAAGUCAGGUCUUCCUUCUUUAAGGUAUGGUAUUUAGGCUGUAAAAUCUAUUGGCAAGAUCCACAGUGAUCUGUAUAUUUUAAAACUUUUCACAAGAAAAUAAAAUUAUUGACACUCAAAUUCUGGUACCUUAAAACCUCAUGGCAGCAUGAUAUGACCUCCUUGUGUAGCUAUGGACAUUGUGUGCAGCCCUGAUGGUCAUUCCAUUUUGUAAGAUGACCCUUUAAAUAACAGAUUGUUAUAAUAACUUAGAUGAUCCAUGGUCCCAAAGAGUUUAACUUUGAGCUAGGAAUUGCUUGGCACAUGUUGGGUACCUACCUGGUGCAGUUUUGACUCACCUGAGUGAAACAUACCACCAAGACACGAUCCCCUGGGGUAAUUCGAGCUGAACCUGCAUUGUCUCUGGAGGAGAGCCACGAGGACGUUUAUUCAUUGUUGACUGGCAGUAGAGUCAAUAUGGCUUAGCGUCCUAACUAUUUAUAAAUUAUUCAGCCUCAAGCUUUUCUCGAACUUUUAAAACUAAAGAACAAAAUAUAUAAAUAUAUGAUAUAUUUAUAAAGCAGUGAGAUGAACUUGGCGAUAUAAUUCGUAUUCCUUUUUUAUUUUCCAAGUAAUAUCCUACUACGUUACAUGCCUAUAAUUUAAUGCUAUGUUAUGGCAUAUUUGGGAACCCUGUAAAUCUCAGAGUAGGAAACUGAUAAGCGCUAAUUAUAGAAGAGCAAUAAUGCCUCCGUAUGAUAAAUAUAUCGAGAGGAACCAGCCCAGGAAACCUUCACACCCAAUGCUGAAUCCUUCCAGAGCAGCUCCCUGGAAAUGUCCUGGUUGUCCAUCCAUGUCAUUAGGAAUCUACAAAUCCAAUUAGCAAAUUUUCAAGAAAUAAGAUUUUGAUUCUCUAAAAGUGGGUUUAGUGUAAAUUUAUAGCUGUCAGAGAGACAUGGCAACAUUUUGACUUUUUUUUUAAUUUUAAGCCUAAAUGGCAUCUGUUUUGCAAUAUAUUUCCACUCUAUUAAGGGGACACUAUAGUCACCAGAACAACUACAGCUUAACGCAUUUGUUCUGGUGAGUAGAACCAGGCAUUUUAGAGGUGGGGUUUUUUUUUGUUUUUUUUUUUUAGAGGAGGGCUAGAUGGUGGUUUUAACACUAUAGGGUCAGGAAUACAUGUUUGUGUUCCUGACCCUAAAGUGUUCUUUUUAUCACUGUUUAGUAUGUAUACCUCAAUGAAAACAUGCACAUGUUUAAUUAUAACAUUUUUUAUUUGCAGUUAUGACAUAUAUAAAAAACGCUUGCACAUGCUGCAGAUUAUGGCAGUGGUAGUCAACCUUUUUCUACCUACCGCCCACUAAUGCAUCUUUCUUGAUGGAAAAAUUUCCUUACCGCCCACCAGUUUUCGCGCAAGCGCAGAAUAUUUUUUAGAAAGGAGGGUGUUUUAAAAAUAAAUGUACGUACAUUUAUCUUUUUAUUUCUACUUAAUGCAUGUUUAUAAUGUUUUUAACUUUAUAAAGUUUAAUGAGAAAACAAUAAAGUAAAUUGAAAUUACCUUUACUAGUGAUUAAUGAGAUCCUUGAGGCUGAUGCUGCGAGACUAAAUAUUUGAUAUCUGGUUCGAUUUUCGUAAGGAACAAACGAAGGUCUCCUCUUUCGGUGAUAUUCAGACGGUUUCUCUGUUUGCUCAUAAUAUGAUUUCUCAUCUGUGCGUCAGCUCCCCUCCUCUCCCUCCUCAAUUCCCCUCACCACCUUUUUUUUCCCUUUUUUCUAUUUUUUAACCUUCCUUAUAGCAAUGCCCAAUAGGAAGGCUGAGCUAGGUAGCCCACUUACUAUAGCCCACUAUAACAGACAGACACACACACGACACACAGACACACACACAAGACACACAUACUCUUCAAUCUCUUGGUCUAACUCUUCAAUCUCUUGGUCUCUAUGACACAGCCCUCUCCUAUCUCUCCCAACGCUCCUUCCGUGUCUCUUUUUCCAGUGGCACUUACUCUCCUCAAGGUUUAGUUCUUGGUCCCCUUUUGUUCUCGCUCUAUACUGCCUCUCUUGGCAAACUCAUUCAUUCAUUUGGAUUCCACUACCACUUGUACGCCGACGACAUCCAGAUAUACCUCUUCUCCCCCGACCUCUCUUCUGUUGUCAUACAACGUGUCACCAAUUGCCUCUCUUCUAUCUCUGGUUGGAUGUCCUCCUGCUUUCUGAAACUCAAUCUCUCUAAAACUGAAUUUCUUUUUUUUUUUUUUCUCCUCAUAAUGCUGAUUCUGCUCCUUCACUCUCCCUGCAGGUUGACAGUACCUGCCUCACCCCAUCCUUUCAAGCUCGCUGUCUUGGUGUCAUUUUUGAUCCUGACAGCGGUACCCGGUCGCAGGGGUACCGCCGGCUCGCACCCGGCCGCCCAGUGUCUCAAAAUGAGGAAAUCCCUACCGCCCACCUGGAAUCCUGAAACUCCCACUAGUGGCUUAUGGCUUCUUCUAUCCAUAGUUUAUGGCUUCUUCUAUCUCUCAAACCUUCCUCUUGCUCUCUCCUAAAGGGCCACACUCCACUCUCACCUCCAGCUCUGCUACUUUCUCACCAUGUCGGUUUGCUGUCUCUCUCAAUACCCUUCCUAUUGUGUUUGUAUACCCCACCUCCUCUAGACUGUAAGCUUGUUUGAACAGGGUCAUCAACUACCUAUUGUUCCUGUUACAUUUUGUUAUUGUCUCAUUUGGUAAAUUCCCUUCUUAUUGUAAAGUGCUGCGGAAUAAGCUGGCCCUAUAUAAAAACCAAUAAUAAUAAUUGACAAGAUUUAUUUAUAAAUGUGCCAAUUUCUAUCUGCACUUUUUGUGAAAUAGAAAAAAAAAAGAGGACACACCUUUCACAUAUAAAACAUUUCAGCAACCUAAGGUAUUUUAUAUGUUUAAAUAGAAAUGUAGCUAACGGCAGAAUGCCUUUUAUCUUUAAUCUAGGGGUGAACACCUACUGUCAAUAACCGGAUUCUAUGAGCCUCACUCCUCUGGUGGAUAUUUUAUACAGUUUACAAUGUAUAAACUGUAACAUAAACUGCAGCUAUUUCUAGAAACCUUGCUUAAAUCCUGUAAUUAUUUAAGAGUGAAACCGACGCUACUGCCAGUCACUGACAAUAGGGAUAUAGGCAUCUUACUUUAUAUAAAUGCAUCUACUCUCCAUAUAACUCACUGUGUUCACAGGUCCUGGGUAUGAUUACACUAUUCAUUAUUGUUAUUUGUUAGAAGAACUAAAGUGACCAACCUUGCAUCCAGACCUCUUCCCAACUUACCUUGCCUGGUUCAGAACCCGUCUCCAAGCUCUGCUCUAUGCAGGACCUAUAACGUAAGGUCCAUUUCCAGAUAUAUAUAAUCCCCAUUCCGCAGUACUAAGAUGUAGGCAGCCUUCAGCAUGCCAAACGUUGUGGACUACAUCUUCUACAAUGCUCUUACAGCCAUAAUACUGGCAAAGCAUCAUGGGAGAUGUAGUCCAUAAACUGUGGAGUGCCAUAGUUGCCCACCUUGGAUGUAGAACAUGGAAAAGGUUAUAAACUAAAGUGAAUUUCAAGGUCAAAAUAGUCAAACUGGUAAAAUUAUCUAAGUCCGUUAUACUUUCAGUUCAACUACUCUGGCCUUAAAUUCGAAAUUCUGACUUUAGUAAAUAAUCCUGACCAUCUUCUCAUACAGCGCAAGGCAACUCUGGAAUAACCCACCAGGAAACCUUAAAUCAAAUGCAAACCCUUAACCUCCAAAAAGGACUCUCCCUCUCGUUAUCCCUAAUCAUUUAAAUCCUGAUAUCCAUGUUCUGUAUCUGCUAAAUGGGUAACUGUGUCCCUAUAUUUAACUCUUCCUAAAAAAUGUAUUCCUUAAAUAGGACUACAGAAGGGCUCAUGACAAAACUCCUUUUACUCUGUCAUGGUGAAUGGAGUCUUUUUACAUCCAUUGAUCUCGAGAAGCGGAUUGAUAACUUGUUUCCAGGGCUGUACGUUUAUCUGCAGUCCCUGUCAUUGAGCUAAGCAGCCGAGUAUCUGUGGGAUCAUUUCCUGGUUUACAAUGUGCAAUGUGUCGGAUUAUUUGUCACAGAUAAUUGUCUCCAGGCUGUAAAUCCAGUGUCCUUCCACCUGUCAAUGAGUGAAACCAAAAGAUGCCGAGUAGAUAUUAUGAAUGGGUUUUAUUCGCAUUAAAUUUGUUGGAAAUCCAUUAAAUCUUGUGCAAUGCUGCAGCACUAGGGAGCAAUGUGUUGUGUAAAUAUAGAAGGUGAAUGCCCUGCUCAUAAAGACAUAAAACAAACUGCAAAGUAACAAGAUAGCGACAAACUGGAAACUUUACAUAAUAAAUAAAUCACAGCAUGUAAAACGCUACUGGGUUUAUACUAAUGUGAGGGGCUUAUUUGGUUUUUAUUCAUUGUUUAGUUUUGUUUGUUUGAGGUCACUUAAUUCUUUAAGAGCUCUCCAUAGGUCUAUUUAAAAUAUCCCAGUUGAAUGACUGCUUGAAAGUGUUGGUGGUUGGGUGGUCUAGACGAAUGCUGGGUAUGGGCGGUUGGGUGCUCUAGAAUAGUGCUGGGUGUGGGUCGUUGGGUGGUGUAGAAUAUUACUGAGUUUCGCUGGUUGUGUGGUGUAGAAUAGUGCUGGGUGUGGGUCGUUGGGUGGUGUAGAAUAGUACUGGGUUUCGGUGGUUGGGUGGUGUAGAAUAGUGCUGGGUACGGGUGGUUAGGUGGUCUAGAAGAGUUCCCAGGUUUGAGUGGUUUAUAAUAGUUCUGGGCAUGGGUGGUUGGUUGGUCUGGGACAAAGUCCUGGGUUUGGGUGGUCAGUGAGAAGGCAGUUUGAGGCCUACUGGGCCAACAUUGUGGACCUGAUAGCCACUGACAUGUAAAAUAGGUGCCUGGCUGAGAGCUAGUCCAAACCGCAGUAAAUUAGGUGGGUGCUGUGGCUGUGCCAUUGUCUACUUCCCAGGCAUGUUAUGGUUGCCUUGUUGUUAAUACUUUCUUAAGUAAAUUAAAUGAUUGUAUGUAAAAAAAAAAAAAUUACCUCAAUAUUUUUGCACAUUUCAUUAAUAAAGAAUGUACAAAACACACUAAAUUUAAGCCCCACACUCAAACUCCCACUCCUCUGGGCAGCAGCAACGACUGCAGGAUAAAUCAGCCCAAAUACAAAAACAGCUAAGGCAAAGACAGGUUAGCCUAAUAAGGAAAUGCUUCAAUUAAGCCUGGAGUGCACUUUAAUUAUUAACUUGUUUCUUAAUGUACAACUCUGCAGAGUUUGUUUCAUUAAGGGUGUUUUAUGAAAUAACCACGCUGUGUUUUUCACACAGCCAAGGAAUACAACGUAACUGUGGCAGCAGUGCCGUGAUGUCGGGAGGUAAACCACUGUCAAGGAAACUGCACAAAAGACAUAUGAGUUCCCCGAGGGAGUCUCAGGAGGGCUCCCAUACUAAGGUAUUGUGACCUAUUUUAUAUAUUUAAGUUAUUCAAAGAUUGUGGGAUGGAUACUUGUCAAAACAUUGAGCUUAUCAGAUAUGAGCAAGGACUUGUGACUCAGUAAAAUGUGAGGCUAGCUUAAAGGGACACUUUAGUCACCAAAACAACUAUCUUAAUUAAGUAGUUUUGGUGACUAGAUCAUGUCACCGAAGUGUCACUGCUCUAUUCUCUGACAUUUAGGCGUUAAAUUCCCUUUGUUUCCUAUUUCUAUGCCCCCCACUUCCACAAUACACUACCCCAACAACACAAGAACCCACAAGUUCUCCAACAAAAUCUAUCACCAUACCCACAAACCGGAUCAAUCGCACACACCAUAUAUCAAUUCAACACCGAAUCUGCACGACCGUCAAACCGCACCUCACCAGGCCACGCCAGCUACCUAGGGAAAAUGACUACCCAGUAAAACGACCAUAAACACACAAACUCAUUCCCGAGGUCACACCUUUAACCCCUAACCACCAGCACAUAAUAGCAUACCCCAACAUCCGGUAUAUUAACCGAUGGCUAGCACCCUCUCAUUAACCCAACACGAGAACGGACGUUACAGGUUCCAAGUGGACAAAACAUAGCAUUCCUGCAAUCCUGCACAUACCUAGACUACCCACCCCAGUUCAUUUAUUCACAUUAACGAGAAUUUGUUACCUUGUCUCACCGACACUCACUUCAGUCAUGACAUCUCUCGGUACGUUUAUACCGAAUAUCUGUAUAAAACAUUGAAAUGCAAAAAUAAAGAAUUUAAAAGAAAAAAAAAAAAUUGCAUUUGUUUCUGUUUAUGCAGCCCUAGUCGGUGCGACCCUGGUUGGGACUCACACAACCUGCACUGCAUGAAAACACAAAAAGGAGGUUCCCAUGGGGUCUAGAAGGCUGUUAACAGGAGAUAAUACAUUCUAGCUUAAACAUACUGUGCAAUCAGGGCCGACGCUUCCUAUAAGGCGAACUAGGCAGCUGCCAUCUCCGGCCCUUUAAAUGCUGCAGCCGCCUGAGCGCUCUAAAAGGAGCGCUCAGGCGGCUGCCGCACUGCCUCUCUCCUCACCUUCCCUUCCUGAGCUGGCCAGACUGAUUGGAAGUGCACACUCAGUGGGGGGAGGGGAGGUUGGUAAGAGGGAGGGAAGGGUUGGAGUAAGGGGAGGGGGUAGGGGUUGGAGUAAGAAGAGGGGAGGGAGGGAGUGAAGAGGGGAGGGAGGGAGUGAAGAGGGGAGGGAGGGAGGAGUAAGAAGAAGACAGGGAGGGUGGAGUAGAAGGUGAGAUGAGGAGAACAUGUGGAGGGGGGGAGUGAGAAGAACAGGGGGGAGUGAGAAUAACACUGGACCCGGGGGGAGUUAGAAUAACACGGGAGAGGGGGUGAGGAGAAGGGGAGGUGAGGAGAACACUGGGUGGGUGGGUGUAAGAAGAGAUCGCUAGGGGAGGGUGGGGGUUGAGGAGAGACCACUAAGGGGCAGGGGAAAGCUCUAUAGGACGGGGCGGGGCAGGACAGGGAGCUCUUUCACACUACGCGCGCACACACACACAAUGCAUCCCUAUACAUACACAGAAACACACAAUGCAUCCCUACACACACAGAAACACAACAUGCUUCCCUUACACACAGAAACACACAAUGCAUCCAUUGCGCACACACUCACAAUGCAACCCUUACACACAAAGACAAUGCAUCCUUUGCACACAUACACAGAAACACACAAUGCAAACACAUACACUGCUUCUCUUACAUACACACACACAAUGCAUUUCUUACAGACACUCAAUGCACACACUUACAGACACACACGUUGCAUCCCUAAUGCAUACAAACACAGAUUCAAACAAUGCAUCCCUUACACACAACCAGAAACACAAUAAAUCCCUUAUACACAAACACACACUGCUUCCACUACACACAAACACACUGCAUCACCUACACAAAACGUUAUCCUUAUACACUACAUUCCAUAAGCACACACAUUAGAUCCUCUACAACAACACAUAACACAUUCCCUACACACUCCACUCUAUGUGAGCGAACUCAUGGGUGGAACAUAUAGGUGGACUUAUGGGUGGGCCUUAUGGGCAUACUCUCCGUCAGGCCCUGGGGCCCAGACAUUGAGCUGUGUAAGGGGCCCAAAAAAAUGGAGCUGCUUCCCGUUCCCCCAGAACAUUGAAUUUGAUGACUUCAGUUACAAACAGCCUCCAGAGAGCCUAUUCUACACCAGACCAGUGGAGCCAAAUCUGGUUGUAAGUAGGCAAUCUAGUAUAUUAUUAGUGACACUAAUCUCUAAUUUACCUCACAUUAAAGGGACACUAUAGUCCCCAGAACCACUGGAGCUUAAUGAAGUGGUUCCGGUAUCUAUAGCCGGUCCCUGCAGGCUUUUUAAUAUAAACACACACUGUGUGCAGCACUGGCGUUAAUUCAUAUGGGUGGAGCAUUGUGAUGUCACAUGGAGGGGGGGGCGGCAAAUUUUUCUUUUGCCUAGGGCUGCAAAAAUCCUUGCACCGGCCCUGUGUGCAAUAAAGGCAGUUUAAGCAUUAUAUUUUACAGGAAGUGUUUAGGAAGGCUGUACAAGUCACAUGCAGGGAGGUGUGGCUAGGGCCAGUGUCCUUUCACCUGUCAAUGAGUGAAACCAAAAGAUGCCGAGUAGUGAUUAUGAAUGGGUUUUAUUUGAGUAACUUUUUUUUUUUUUUUUUUUAAAGUGCCUAUGGGGAAAUAGUCCUGUUUGCCAACCCGCUAAUGCACACAAUAUUAAUUCAGAAAUAAUUUAAUUUCUGGAGUAAAAAAAAACCAAAAAAAUAUCCAUGGCAUAUUUUAGCCUCUUGAGGAAUAAAUUGUCAAACUUUUGCCUCUGGGCUUGUUGCAGAACUAAAUGUCUGACAAAGAAUGAAAGGAAUUGUGGGAAUUGUAGUCUAAUAAAAGAUGAAAGACUGGAGAAUGUCAAACCUCCUCUGAAGAGCAGUUAUACAUCAGAAAUAAUAGGCAAUAUGCAUCAGUGAUUAUUUGUUUGUUUUUAAAUAAAUCUUAUAAUUUAUUUAUUUUUUAUCUACACAGACUGUCAGUCAAGCUGCAGCGACAACAUUUAUAAAAACAGAGGAAGAUUUUUUGAUAAUUUUAUCUCGGAUUAAUGCAUUAGUAUUGAAUAUUCUGCUGCGGCCCGGUAAGUACUACUUACCACUAACAAGUCUAAAUUUUGCCGGAAUUUCCCAGCUGUCCCAGACAGCGUAUGCAAAUGCAAUGUCACACAUUUAUCUUGUGACAAUAAUAUUGACAUUUUCCAAAUGCCAGCCUGGCCAAUCAGCAUCUCUUCCUAAAGAUGUAUUGUAUCAAUGCAUCUCUAUGGGGAGAGUUCAGCUUCUCCAUGGAGGUGUCCCUAAGCUUUAAUGUAAACCCUGCCUUUUCAAUAUGCCUGAAUGAGAACAUAGCAACAAUGUACCAUUUGCUUUCUGAGAUAUAUUGGCAGAGUAAGAGAUUAGUAACUUUUCUUGCACAGUCUGUUUUCUUGUGGGAAGCACUAAACAGGACUGGUUUGUGAUUAAAACGCCUAGUUUGGAUAGAUACGGACAGGUUUAGGAUCAUAUCACAUUAUAGGGAUUUCACAGGAGUUGACUGAGGUAGUUACAGGUUGACUUUGUGUUAAUUCUUAAUUUUGAAAUGACAAAAAUAACCCGUCUUCUAAAUACCCCUGUGUGUGGAGAACGGUCACUUCUCUGGAAUUUACAAUAUGGAAUAAAACCUUGCAGAUCUCCUAGAAUUGUGUUAACUGGUUUGUGAGUUGUUUUAUAAAUGAUUGACAGGCAGCUAAGAUGGAGGCGCCCAGUUUCCGGGUAAAGAAAGUGGGUUUCUACAUUUAAUUUUAGUUUUCUUUUUUUAAUUUUAUAUAAGUAAGCAGGAUAUUAAAAAGUGACCAUUCUCUUUUAAGGAAUUAAGUACCGUCAUUUGGUAAUGAGCAUAUAAUAAUAAAUAGUACUAUGCGUCUUUUAAAUCGUGUAAUAAAAUUUAUUAUAGAAAAUGAAUUCUGUACGUUGCUGUACUGUAUGUUCUGUAUCCUUACCAUGAGCUUUGAACAAUAUAGUUAAGUAGCUGAGUUAACCCCUUCAGGACCACUGACGGUCCUGAACUGUCAUAGCGAAAAACUGGCUGCGAGAAGCGAUCUAAGAUCGCUCCCGCCGGUAUAACACUGUAACUAUCUGCCAGACAUCCCAGGCAGAUAGUAACAGCCAACUGCAGCGUGUGAGCGACCCACGAUCGCUCACAAUUGGCUGCUGUCAAAGUGGAUGUUACAAACACUCACUUUGACAGUGAUCUCUGCCCCUCUCUCCUCUGUAGCGUUUUGUGAGGCGAGAGACAGAGAUCGUGAUCGUUUGUUGCAGUAGAAAUUUUCCAGAGCUUUAUACAGUAUCUAAAGUGGAAAAAAAAAUUUUUUUUUAACCCCUUCCCUGCCAGAUCUGUUAUGGCAGUGCAUUUGUACUGUCUGUAUUAUUAUUUUUUUUGCGCUUAAAGGGUUAAAUUUGUUUUAAAAAUCUGUGUCUUGGUCUGUCUUAGUCAGUCAGUUUCCUUCCCCCAAAUCUCCAUUAGAUUUUUGUGACAGGAGUUAGUUUAGAGAUUGCUGUUUAGUCUGUUUUAGUAAAAAAAAAAGUCUAAAAUUUUUUUGUGUGUUUUGUAAUUUUUUAGUCGUGUGUAAAACAUGCAGCGUAUGUAUAACUUGCAGGAUGCCUUCUUGGCGUCACAUUCUGACACCACUGACACUGCGUCAGAUUUUGACCCAGGUCAGUUUUCUGACACGUCUAGUCAAGACGACAUGUCAUCCGUGUGUGAGCCGGCUGAAGAAAGAAGCUGUGCUUCCUCUGCUACGCCGAAUGUGGAGGAGGACUGGGUACCUCCACAGUUAGCUGAGCCCAAUGUCCCCCCUUUUAGUGCCAACGCAGGCAUUAAUGUUAAUGUGGAUGGCUUCUCCCCAACGCAGUAUGUAGAACUAUUUUUAGGGGAUACCAUCUGGGAGGAGAUUGCUUCCCAGACUAACUUGUAUGCUACCCAAUUUAUUGAUAACAAUCCAGGUAGCUAUACAGUCAGGGGGCAUGACUGGCAUCCCACAGAUGUCCCAGAGCUUAAAAAAUUCUGGGCUCUUACCAGGGCCGGAUUAAGAGCACACUGGGCCUGGUGCUGACAAUUAUGAUGGGCCUAAUUACGGAAUCUUAUCGACCAAAAAUACUAAAACAGUAAUUCCUCCCAAGCGUCAUCCACUGAUGGAGAUGGUGCUGGAGGGAAACUCAUAGGAUGCAGCUAUAAGAAAAAACAUACCCUAUGCUAAUCUCUCUCUAAUUUAUGCUUUCAUCUUUCAAGUAAAUCCAUACCCCCUAACAGCAGUGUCCAGUGAAGCAGGAAGUCAAUGGGCGGGUAAAAGGGUGGGCCACUGGUGCGAAUCACGUGACCAGACCUGCCAAAAGGGUUGAACAUGCCCAAAAAGGGGGCAUGUCUGUCCAAAGAAUUUGAAGGACAACCUGGCAUGAAUGCAUGUCAGUCUGCCUGCCAAUCCUGCAGGCUGUCCAACUAAGGGCAUACUAUGCAGACAGCACCCUGAUCUUGGCAUAAAUGCAUCUAAUGAUGCGCUCGCUCCACGCUUUCUAAGGACUGUCCCCUAGCACUCGCUGGUCCACUUGUCUCCUUACCUUCUUACUAGCAGGCAGAAGUUCCUGGUAUAUAGUCUGAGACAGAGAAAAUGUGUAUGUAGUGAGUAUAGAAGAAAGGGGACAUGCCACAGUGUUAGAGAGACCAAAGUCAGCAUUACCUAAACUAAUUUUACUGUCAGCCACACAAGUUUUGUUCCCAUACAUCCCUCUUAAGCUUACAAACUUAAAGGGACACUAUAGUCACCAGAACAACUACAGCUUGUUGUAUUUGUUCUGGUGAGUAGAAUCAUUCCGUUCAGGCCUUUUGCAGUAAACACUGUCUUUUCAGAGAAAAUAACUCCACUGGCCACUCCUUAGAUUGAUGCUAGAGGUGCUUCCUGGGGCAGUACUGCCUAGUGUGCAGCACUGCCAUUCAGUGUCUCCACCCUCUGCAUGCAGACACUGAACUUUCCUCAUAGAAAUGCAUUGAUUCAUUUUAUCUUUAUGAGGAGCUGCUGAUUGGCCAGGGCUAUGUUGGACUUGUGCUGGCUUUGCCCCUGAUCUGCCUAGUUGACAGUCUCAGCCAAUCCUAUGGGGAAGUAUUGUAAUUUGCUCAGACCACCACUUCUGAUGAUGUCAGCAGACAGUCAGUUCAGAGGCAGAGCAAGCAGCUGCAGACUUGAAUACAAGUUAUAUUUUACUAUACUUAGGGAGGCAAGAAGGGGCCAGGGUUUGUGGUUUUAACAUAAUAGGGUCAGAAAUACAUGAUUGUGUUUCUGACCCUAUAGUGCUCUUUUAAGCAAGAGUAUGUGAAGAGUAGUUAGGGUUGCCACCUUUCUUGGGAAAAAAAUACCAGCCUUAAUCAUUUGUAUAAUCACAAGGAGUGACAUCAGAGAAAAUUCUGUAAAAUCACCAACAAACUACUCACAGAUUGAUUCUGCUGUAUAGAUGGAUUGCUACCAGUGUCUGUCUCGCAAGUCACCCAAUGUCUGUGUUCUAUGUAUCACAGUGUCAGUGUCCCCAUGUCGCCCAGUCCCCUAGUCUCCCAGUGUCUCAGUGUCCCCAUUUCUCCCAGUGUCCCAAUGUCUCUGUGUGUCCCCAUGUCACUAGGACAUGGGGACACUGAGACAUUUAGGGAAACUGGGAGAAAUGGGGACACUGAGACACUAGUGACACAGACACUGGGAGACAUGGAGACACUGGGAGACAUGGGGACACUAAGACACUAGGGACACAGAGACACUAGGGACACAGAGACACUAGGGACACAGAGACACUAGGGGACACGGGGACACUAGGGGACACGGGGACACUAGGGGACACGGGGACACUAGGGGACACGGGGACACUAGGGGACACUGGGAGACUAGGGGACACUGGGAGACUAGGGGACACUGGGAGACUAGGGGACACUGGGAGACUAGGGGACACUAAGACACUAGGGACACAGAGACACGGGGACACAGAUACUGGGAGACUAGGGGACACUGGGAGACUUGGGGACACUGGCUGGGAGACAGACACUUGGGGAGACAUGGGGACAGUUGUGGACAUAGACAUGGGGACACUGGGACAUAUAGGGACACUGGGCACACUGAGAGACAUGGGACACAGACACUGGGAGACUUGGGGACACUGAGACUCUAGCAACACUGGAUGGCGGACAUGGGGAAACUGGGUGAAAUCUCUCCAUGUCCCUAUGUCUCACAGCAUCCCCAUGUGUCUCAGCAUCCCCAUGUGUCCCAGUGUACCCUAGUAUCUCAGUGUCCCCAUGUUUUCCAGUGUCCCCAUGUUUUCCUGUGUCUCAGUGUUUCCAGGUCCCCUAGUGUCUGUGUCACCUUGUGUCUGUGUCACCUUGUGUCUGUGUCCCCAUAGGUCCCCUAGUGUCUGUGUCCCCAUGUAUCUCAGUGUCCCCAUGUGUCCCCUAGUGUCUCAGUGUCCCCAUGUCUCCCUGCUGCCUUUCCCCCUAUCCCUCACUUACCUGAGCUGUAGAGCUGCUGUUUGUACUCUGUGCUGUGUUGCUGCUCCCCCACAGAUCAGUAAGUAGCAGAGAGGCAGGAAAAUGCUGGAACUUCCUGUCCCUGCCUCUCUACACACACGGUGCUGGUAUUGCAGAGUAAUCUCCAUUUAUACUGAGAAAAAUACCUGUAUUUGUAUUGCCGGUAUUACUGCAAUACCGGCACGGCCAGGCAGCUUCAAUUACCGGCUGUGCCAGUAAAAUACCAGUCAGGUGGCAAACCUAAGAGUAGUGUAAUGAUGUCCCGAACGGUUCGCCGCGGACGGCGAACAUAUGCGGUAAACUUUGACCCUGUACCUCACAGUCAGCAGACACAUUCCAGCCAAUCAGCAGCAGACCCUCCCUCCCAGACCCUCCUACCUCCUGGACAGCUCACUAAGAAUGCAGCUUCAAAAUGGAUGCUGUCCAGGAGGUGGGAGGGUCUGGGAGGGAGGGUCUGCUGCUGAUUGGCUGGAAUGUGUCUGCUGACUGUGAGGUACAGGGUCAAAGUUUACUCAAUGAUGAGUCCGCAGCGAACCGUUCAGGACAUCACUACUAAGGACAAAAUUUUGAAUCUAUUUAGCAGUUUGUUUCAUUAGAUUUUGUAGAUCAGUAAAAGAUUUUUUUUAAGUAAAAGUCAAAAAACAUGUUUUGUUUUUUAAUUUUUCACCAUAUUUUAUUUUUUUUUUUUUAAAUUAUAUGACAUGAUAAAAAUAAUAGUUUGUAAAGAAAGCCCUUUUUGUCCUGGAAAAAACAAUAUAUAAUUUGUAUCGGAACAGUAAAUGAGAGAGCGGACAAUUACAGCUAAACACAAACACCACAAAAGUGUUAAAAUAGCUCUGGUCCUUAAUGUACAAACAUCGCAAAAACAGUCCGGUCCUGAAGGGGUUAAACAGAGAAGCAUUACUUAACUCUUUCAUUGCUGGACUGUUUACCUUCGAGGGAACACACCUACAAGGCUUUCUUUGUUUAGAAAUCAGUGUUAAUUUAGUUUUAGUCACAUUUUUUUGACUAAAAAGCCAUUUAAAUAUUAGUCGUAUUUUAGUCAUCUGAAUUGUUUGUUAUAGUUUACUAAAUCUCAAAAAUGUUAGUUGACUGAAAUCUGACUAGAAUUGUUAGUCGACAAAAUGAACACUGAUAGAAAUCUGCUGUUUUUGUUCUUUAGAUGAAAGUGACUCGUUGGGCAAAGACCACUUAAAAUCCAUUGUUCAGGUCAAUGAAAGAUUUCACGCCAUUUGGGAUUUAACAUCUGGAUGUUGCAAAACUCUUAAACUGCGUCUUGGUGACUCGUCCGUGGACGUGAACGACAUUUACAUCGUGAAAAAUCAAAGCAACCUUUUACAGGUGUAUACCGAGUAAGUAUAUUGACAUGUCACUGAUACAGAUUGCAGUGGUUAGAUAUGAGCAGAAGCCAAAUAUGCAUUGCUGAAAUCUGUGGUUUUUACACCAAAAUGCAGCUUUGUACAUCACAAACUAGCUCUGAUUUGCUCACAUACUUCCUUUUAAAGGAGGCAUGUUAACCACUGACAUCCUCAGUGAAGAGGAACAUGUGAGGAGACAGAGAAACACAAAAAGACAGCCACACAAACAAACCAAAAUCUACAGAGAGACAGCCGAGGAAGCAGAUAGAUAGAGAGAGAGAGAGAGAGAGAGAGAGAGACGCAGACAAAUCACCAUACAGAAAGAGAGCGAGAUGUUAAAAUCCAGAGAUACUGAGUAAAGAAAUGUACAUUAUUUAUUCCAGAUGUGGUCUUUGCCAUGACUUCACCUCUCUGUGAUACCAAUAAAGUGGAUUACAUUGUAUUUAAAUAGAAUUGCUGGUUAUUCCUUAUAUUGUAUAUAUUGGCCAAACCGCACCAACGGGGUCUCUGCACCGACUAGGUCUCGCUACUUUCUAAACAGAGAUACAGUCAGGGGUACAGAGGGGGACACCAACUGUCAGAGAGGCAGGGAGAAAGGAAGCGAGAGAGACUGCUGGCAGUGAAAGACAGCAUACCAGUGACAAAUACAGAGAGAGUGCACAUUUCAAGGAAUGGAGGGCUGCAAUGGUUAGAUAGGGCCCAUUACUGUUUGUUGUAGACUAACUUCCCAUCACUCAGUCCAGGAGAAGAGGCUGUAAUGGUUAGAUAGUGCCUUGUACUUUUUGUAAGCCAGACUACCCAUCACUCGGUUAAGGAGAAGAGGGCUGUAAUGGUUAGAUAGUUCCUUGUACUUUUUGUAAGCCAGACUACCCAUCACUUGGCUAAGGAGAAGAGGGCUGUAAUGGUUAGAUAGUUCCUUGUACUUUUUGUAAGCCGGACUACCCAUCACUCGGUUAAGGAGAAGAGGGCUGUAAUGGUUAGACAGGGCCCAUUACGGUUUGUUGUAGACCCACUUCCCAUAACUCUGUUAAAGAGAAGAGGGCUGUAAUGGUUGGACAGUGCCUUGUACUUUUUGUAGGCCAGACUACCCAUUACUCGGUUAAGGAGAAGAGGGCUGUAAUGGUUGGAUAGGGGUUUGUUAGAGGAACUCACAUUUUGUCAUUGCCACUAAGCAGUAACCUUGACUGUGUUGGUGUCUCGUGUCUACAGCGGUGUCCCACAUUACCAGCAUUGAUAUUCCUGUAAAAGUAGAAUCUUGUCGAUGUGACACAUUGUGUGUAUUGGGUUUUUUUCACUCUAUUUAAGCUUAAUAUUUUCCAUUCGGUCUGAACACAUACCACAGCCUUUGCACUUUCUUUUUAACUGAAGUCAGCAAAUAUUGGCUUCUAAAUUAUCCAGAACGUUGUUCAGUGUGAGGGAAAGACAAAGUCAGAGCAGUCUGUGGCCGCAGAAACUAUCCUACAUAACAUUCGUUCAGUUUGGUUACUCUGGUCUUACUGGUGAUAUUAAGUGUGAAUUCUCAAUGCAGCCCUGUGAGAGUGAUUAACUCCCAGAAAAGACAAGGGCAGGGUAAAAUGAUCUAUUUUAUAUUCUGAUUAUUUAAAUUUUUUUGCAGGUAUUUUCUGGCCGUUACGAAUCAUAUUGUGAUCAAAGGAUUUGACAAAGUCUCAAAACCAACAAGGUACGGUGAGCAACAUGAGACUUGUGGAAGGUUUAUUAACGGAUCAAAGACCACACCGCAAUAACAGUGAUGUUUACUGAUUUAACAGCAAAUUAUAGUAAAUUGUAAACCACACUGCAAAAUCCAGGCUAGAAAUCACCAAGUUCGGACUAUCGCGGUGUUGGAAAUCUUCAAAAUCAGCUAUUCUAGCUUAAAUGUUGCAAUAUGGGUUCCGAUUCCUUAUAAUGUGGUGUUUAGUGAAUAAACCCCCUCGGUAUAAAUAAAUGUCACAUAAUUGGCUAAGAUGCAAAAAAAAUACUGUGUGUCUGUGUGUGAAAGAGAGAGAGUGAGAGAGACCUGGGACCAUAUAGCCACAGUCUUGAGGAUAUAUAUGAGUUUAGUGAAUAAACCCCCUCUGUAUAAAUACAUGUGGAGGGAGAGAGAGACACACACAGUCUUGACCAGGGCCGGCCUUUGGGGUGUGCGAGCUGUGCGGCCGCACAGGGCGCCAUGGCAACAGGGGCGCCGGGCGGCCGACACAGCUCGCAGUCGCUCUGUCACUGGCCGGCCCGAGAUUGUGUGAGAGCUGAGCCGCGGUCAGUUUCCGGAGCGUGGAGGAGGAGCUUGGGGCGCAGGCGCAGCGUCCAAGUGCUGCACCUUCACAGAGAGCCGCAGAGGGAUCCGCUCCAUGUGUGAGGGCGGCGGCCGGUGCUCUGCAGACAGGGAGGGAGCAGCAGCCUUCAAAGUAAGUACCUUAUUUAUUUUUAAGCCAAACAUCUUUCAUUAAAUGGGGCAGGGUCUAAUUAAGGGGGGCAGGGGACUAGAUAAGAGUGGCACUGGGUCUAAUUAAGGGGGGCAGGGGACUAGAUAAGGGUGACACUGGGUCUAAUUAAGGGGGGCAGGGGACUAGAUAAGGGUGGCACUGGGUCUAAUUAAGGGGGCAGGGGACUGAUGAAGGGGUGGCCAGGGGUUGGAUUAUUUGGCAUGGGAUGUAUUAAGGGGGCUGAUGAAGGGGAGCAGGGGGUUGAAAAGGGGGGCAUGGGACUGAUUAAAGGGGGGCAAGUGGGUGAUAGGGGUGGGAGGGUACUGAUGAGGGGGUCAGGGGGCUGAUAAAAGGGGGGCAGAUGGCUGAUAAAUAGGUGGGAGGGAAUUGAUGAGGGGGCAGGGGACUGAUGAAGGGGUGGCCAGGGGUUGGAUUAUUUGGCAUGGGAUGUAUUAAGGGGGCUGAUGAAGGGGAGCAGGGGGUUGAAAAGGGGGGCAUGGGACUGAUUAAAGGGGGGCAGGUGGGUGAUAGGGGUGGGAGGGUACUGAUGAGGGGGUCAGGGGGCUGAUAAAAGGGGGAGGGGAUUGGUGAGGGGGUCAGGGGACUGAUGAAUGGGGCAGAGGGCUGUUAAAGGGGUGGGAGGGGAUUGAUUAGGGGGUCAGGCGGCUGAUGAAUAGGGGCAGGGGGUGGGAGGGUGGGAGGGAAUUGAUGAGAGGGGCAGGGGACUGAUGAAGGGGUGGCAGGAAUUGAUAAAGGGGUGGGAGGGGAUUGAUGAAGGGUAAGGGGUGGCUAGGAGUUUGACGAAGGGAUGGCCAGGGCAUUGAUGAAGGGGAAGGGGUGGCCAGGAGUUUGAUGAAGUGGUGGCCAGGGGCUUGGUGAAGAUCUGGCCAGGGAUUUUGGUUAAGAGGUGCAGUGGUUUUGUAGAAGGGGGUGGAGGCAACAGAUUGUGAAUGCUCCUAAAAUAGUUUGAAGGGGUCCAAACAGAGACAGGUGAGGGGUGGGGGGGGGCACCACAAGAUUGUUUCGCACAGGGCGCCUGAACACCUAAGGCCGGCCCUGGUCUUGACGAUAUGAAUUCCACACAAAUUGUAUUGCUUUUAUUAAGAGGUCUGGCAAUUAAAAAUAAAAUAAACAAAAAGAAAAACCUUGCUCUCCUGAGCACUAACUCACACUUGUUACUAAAUACAGCUGGGCGGCCUGCUGCCAACAAUACAAAACACAAAAUCGAGCACAGACCUUUUUCAAAUGUAAAUGUUUAUUUUAUCCUUCCGAACACGAAAUUCAUUAACGGACUUGUGUAGGGAGAUAUGCAGUCUCACACACUUUGUCCUUCUCCAUGUGAAUCCCUGACAUGGAAAUUUUAUAGAAGCCUUGUGCUGAUCAUUGCUAACGGGUGAGCAACUAUCUGGGUGAUCCAGAACUCCUGGAUUGGAUUGCUCACCUGCUGUGCGGUAUGUAAACUGUGGAGUGGAGCACUGGCCCUCCCUUCACUCCAAAUGUUCCACCCCAGGAACCCAUAUUAAAAAACAGAAUAGCUCUGACUAAAACAGACAGACAUUCUUCCUGUGGCUUUUUCAGACCACAUUUAGCAGUACUCGUGGAGAAAUGUACACCCCAUCCAAACGAUGCCCUGCACUCUCUCACAUAUCCUCCACCCCAGCUCAAACCUUGUGGGGUGAGCGACCAUUGUCACAAGGGUAUGUUUACGUGAAUGACCAUCAGCAUUUCCUUGUAUAUACCAACCAUGUGCUCUAUUGAGAAAUGAUAUGGUUGUAAACUAAGGAACCAUUAAAUAACUCUGCUUUUGUUUUCUUUAUUUUGACUCCUUCAAGUAAGUGGUGUGUGUGAUCUGUUACGAACCUAAAUUUCCUGCCCAACAAGUAGUACUUGAGAAUUUCCACAGUUCACUUAAUAGCUAGACACUCCUUCUCGGCUGUUGAAUAUUUAUUUUCUCUGGGUGAAGUUUCCUGCUCUGGUGCAGUAUUUGGUGUUCUUCAUCUUUCCUGUGAGAGCAUUGUUUCAAGUCCACCAUCAGAUGCAUCUGUUUGUCGGAUGAAUUCCGUGGAAAAAUUGGGUGUAACCAACACAGGUCAGUGUUGAGGUCAGUUAAGGCAGUGUUCCCCAACCCAGUCCUCAGGGACCACCAAUAGUCCAGGAUUUAUGUAUUUCCCUGUUUUAUUCCAAUGGAGAUAAUGUCAAAACCUUGACUGUUGGUGGUCCCUGAGGAUUGGGUUGGGGAACCCUGAGUUAAUGGUGGCAAAAUUGGAAAUAAAUCUCCUGUAAUAGCCAAUAAGACCAAGGAAAGCCCUAACCUGUUUCUAAGUCAAGGGUCGAAGUCAAUUUCCGCAAAUUGUGUCUCGACUAACCCUCUCCCAACGAAAUAACUGAGAUAUUUGGCCUCCUCUAGGCCAAUAGUACACUUACUAGGGUUUACCGUCAGGUCAGCAUUUAGUAUGAAAUAAAUGACUACUUGCAGUUUUGGUAAAGGAGACUCCCUAUCUUCACUCUGUAUAACCACAUCAUCCAAGUAUGUCGCUGCAUAAGAGGUAUGUGGCUUUAGGAUUCUGUCCAUCAUUCUUUGAAACGUUGCUGGAGCCCCAUGUAAGCCAAAUGGUAAUACUUUGUAUUAAAAGGUCCAUCUGGAGUAGAGAAAGCAGUUAGUUCCUUUGUCUGGGCUGUGAGAGGUACUUGCCAAUAACCCUUUGUUAGAUCCAGUGUGGUAAGGUACUGGGCUUUCCCAAGUCUUUCCAAAAGUUCAUCAACCCUUGGUAUAGGAUAUGCGUCAAAUUUGGAUAUUGCAUCAAGCUUCCGGUUGUUGUUAUUAAUAUUUGUAAACCGCUAACAAAUUCCAUAGCGCUUUACAAUGGGUGGACUAAUAAACCUGUAAUUGUAACCAGACAAGUGGGACACACAGGAACAGAGGGGUUGAGGGCCUGCUCAAUGAGCUUACAUGUUAGAGGGGAGGGAGUGGGAUAUAGUGACACAGUAACAGAGGGAUUGAGGGCCCUGCUCAGUGAGUUUACAUGUUAGAGGGAGUGGAGCAUAGUGACACAGUAACAGAGGGAUUGAGGGCCUGCUCAGUGAGUUUACAUGUUAGAGGGAGUGGGGUAUAGUGACACAGUAACAGAGGGAUUGAGGGCCUGCUCAGUGAGUUUACAUGUUAGAGGGAGUGGGGUAUAGUGACACAGUAACAGAGGGAUUGAGGGCCCUGCUCAAUGAGUUUACAUGUUAGAGGGAGGGGGGCAUAGUGACACAGUAACAGAGGGAUUGAGGGCCUGCUCAGUGAGGUUACAUGUUAGAGGGAGUGGGGUAUAGUGACACAGUAACAGAGGGAUUGAGGGGCCUGCUCAGUGAGUUUACAUGCUAGAGGGAGUGGGGUAUAGUGACAGUAACAGAGGGAUUGAGGUCCUGCUCAGUGAGUUUACAUGUUAGAGGGAGUGGGGUAUAGUGACACAGUAACAGAGGGAUUGAGGUCCUGCUCAGUGAUCUUACAUGUUAGAGGGAGUGGGGUAUAAUGACAGUAACACAGGGAUUGAGGGUCCCGCUCAGUGAGUUUACAUGUUAGAGGGAGUGGGGUAUAGUGACACAGUAACAGAGGGAUUGAGGCCUUGCUCAGUGAGUUUACAUGCUAGAGGGAGUGGGGGUAUAGUGACACAGUAACAGAGGGAUUGAGGGCCCCGCUCAGUGAGUUUACAUGUUAGAGGGAGUGGGGUAUAGUGACACAGUAACAGAGGGAUUGAGGGUCCUGCUCAGUGAGCUUACAUGUUAGAGGGAGUGGGGUAUAGUGACACAGUAACAGAGGGAUUGAGGCCCUGCUCAGUGAGUUUACAUGUUAGAGGUAGUGGGGUAUAGUGACACAGUAACAGAGGGAUUGAGGGCCUGCUCAGUGAGUUUAUAUGUUAGAGGGAGUGGGGUAUAGUGACACAGUAACAGAGGGAUUGAGGGCCUGCUCAGUGAGUUUACAUGUUAGAGGGAGUGGGGUUUAGUGACACAAAAGGUAAAGGUAAGACCACCAUCUGGUUUUGGUACAAGCACAAUUGGGCUACACCAAUCACUUUGUGACUCUUCGAUUACCUCAAAGUCCAACAUUUUCUUUACUUCGGUUUUGCAUUAAAGGAUGUAUUAAAUAAUGAUAAGUUUUAAAAGGCUUCUUUUUUUUCCCUGUUGCAGCAUUUAUUGGAAAACCAAUAAAAGGGGUUUGAAGACGCUGAUCGGAGAGACGGAUGAUAUCUCCCUGACUGUCUUCUUACAGAGAAUCUUCACCGAGCCGUUCAGAGAUCACGUCCAGACGUACUCAUUGUUCCUGUCCCAGAUCAAUGGGAAGCUGGCAGAGGUAAAGUGCAGCCCCCCGCAUUUCCUGCGUCAUUUGCUUUCCCUGUAGGAUGGUAUUAGAAGAAUCAUGUUGUAAAUGUCGCCAUUCAAACAGAAAGAUUAAAUUGUAAUCUCAAUGCUAUAACGGUAAUCUAAUCCUAAACGUCUAACACCAAAUAAGUCUCAUUAUAAUUAGCAUGUACUAUUUCACAGUGAUGUACCCCAUGCUGUAACUGCACGGCUGUGGAGUCCUGAGAGAGUAUUGUGGUGUACCUCCCUGACAUUUAUCAAUGUACGCCAGGCUUUGGGAGUUAUGUUCAUAGUAUCUGCAUGCAGGUAAUCUCUAAACUAAUGCUGGCAGCCUCCUAACUAAUCAAUGUGAAGAGGGCCACCUGACAUUCUUACAACUGAACCACUGGUCUCACCCAAUGCGUUUCUUGACAUAGAGCAUAUACUCUGGGUAGGGCUGGUGGAAGGGUUUUUGCCGCCCUAUGCAAAAAAAAAUUUGCCGCCCCCCCAUAUGUCCUGCCUACCAUGUGACAUCACAAUGCCCCGCCCAUAUGCUCUGCCAUAUGGGCCAACGCCAGUCUGCACAACGUGUCUUUUAUCUGAAAAGACAGUGUGUUUACAUUAAAAAGCCUACAGGCACAGGCUAUAGACACCAGAACCACUACAUUAAGCUGUAGUGCUUCUGGUGACUAUAGUAUCCAUUUAAUGUGCGGUAAAUUAGAGAUUAGUGCCACUAAUAAUAUAUUGGAUUGCCUACUUACCACCAGAUGAGGACAAGAGGCUGAUGAUGGGCUCAGUCUGGCUCCACAGGUCUGGUGUUUUUAACAAUGCUCACAACAAUUAACGAACAGGAAGCAGCUCCAUUUUUUAGGGCCCCUUACACAGCUCAAAGUCUGGGCCCCCAGGGCGUGACGGUGAGUAUGCCUACAAUGCCCACCCAUAAAUCCACCUACAUGGCCCACCCAUGAGUUCUCUCACAGGUAGUGGAGUGUAUGUGUGUAGGGGAUGUUUUAUGUGUUAUUGUAGAGGAUGCAAUGUGUGUGUGUUCUUACAGAAUGUAGUGUAUAGGGAUACCAAUUUGUGUAAGGGAUGUAGUGUGUUUAUAGGGGAUGCAGUGUGUGUUUGCGUGUAAGGAAUGCAUUGUAUGUUUCUGUGUGUGUGUGUGUGUGUAAGGGGUGCAAGGUGUGUUUCUGUGUAUUUAAUUGAAUGCAGUGUGUGUCUGUAAGGGGUGCAUUGAUUGUGUAAGAGAUGCAUUUAGUUUCUGUGGGUAAGAGAAUGAGUGUUUGUGUGAACGUAAGGGAUGCAUUGUGUGUUUCGGGUGUGUCUGUGUGUGAGUAGGAAUGCAUUGUAUGUUUCUGUGUGUGGGGAUGCAUUGUGUAUGUGUGUAGUGUAAAAGAGAGGGUUUGUUGGGGUAGGAUAGGGACUGAAAGGGGAGCAGCUCUUUAUUUUUUUUUUAUUUAGUGGUCCUUACCCCCCCUCCCCUCCCCUAGUGGUCCUUACCCCCCCUCCCCCUAGUGGUCCCUUACCCCUUCCCCUAGUGGUCCUACCCCCUUCCCCUGGUGGUCCUUACCCCCUAGUGGUCCUACCCUCCCCAGUGGUCCUACCCCCCCCUCCCCUAGUGGUCCUUCCUCCCUCCCCACGUCCUACCCCCUCCCCCACGGGGUCCUUCCCUCCCUCGUGGUCCCCCUCCCCUCGUGGUCCUUCUCCCCUCGUGGUCCUUCUCCCUCGUGGUCCUUCCCUCCCCUCCCUGCGGGUCCUUCCCUCCCUCCCUAGUGGUCCUUCCCUCUCCCUAGUGGUCCUUCCCUCCCUCCUUAGUGGUCCUUCCCUCCCUCCCUAGUGGCCCUCCCUCGUGGGUCCUACCUCCCUCCCUCGUGGUCCUACCUCCUCGUGGGUCCUACUCCCUCCCCUCGUGGGUCCUACCCCCUCCCUCGUGGUCCUACUCCCUCCCUCGUGGUCCUACCCCCCCUCGUGUGGUCCUACCCCUCCCCUCGUGGUCCUUACCCCCCCUCCCCUCGUGGUCCUUACACUUUGCAUCUGACUUUGUCCACUAUAAAUUUAUGCUGCGCUCCUACAGCAUGGCUCUUUCCUCUGCAAAAGUAAGCUACUUAAACACCCUCAUAAGCACAGUGUCCCACCAACCCAAACACCUGUUUCACACUUUUGAUGCACUUCUUCGCCCUGUGACUCCCCCUCCUUCCGCCACAAACUUUGCAUCUCAUUUCACUGAGAAGAUCUCUACAAUCAGGAAAGAGAUCUCUAAUCUUUCUCCAACCAGUAUCAAUACAUCACCCAACCCCACUCCCCCUGCCAUCCUAAGCUCAUUUGUACCUGCUACAGCACAAGAGGUUUCUGCUCUGCUCCUGUCCUCCCGCCCCACCACCUGCUCCCUCGAUCCUAUUCCCUCGCAUCUCAUCCACACUUUGUCUCCCUCUCUUGCUCUUCCUCUCGCUAACAUUUUCAAUCUCUCCCUUUCCUCUGGCACAUUUCCCUCUGCCUUCAAACAUGCAACCGUAACUCCAAUUCUGAAAAAGCCCAACCUUGAUCCCAACUCCCCAUCCAACUACCGCCCUAUCUCGUUACUGCCAUUUGCCUCCAAGAUUCUCGAGAGAGUUGUCUAUGCCAGAUUAACAGACUUUUUUGAAUCCAACUCUCUGCUUGACCCCCUUCAGUCUGGAUUCCGCGCUGGUCACUCUGUCGAAACUGCUGUGACCAAAGUAUCCAACGAUUUAAUUGCUGCUAAAUCUCGCGGCCAAUACUCUAUCCUAAUCCUCCUUGAUCUUUCUGCUGCCUUUGACACUGUUGAUCAUCAACAGCUUCUUCACAUUCUCCGUAACUUUGGUAACUAGUGGUUCUUCCCCUAGUGGUCCUUCUCCCCUCCCUAGUGGUCCUUUUCUCUCUCCCUAGUGGUCCUUCUCCCCUCCCUAGUGGUCCUUUCUCCCCUCCCCUAGUGGUCCUUCCCCCCUCGUGGUCCUCCCUCUGGUCCCCUCCCCUCGUGGUCCUACCUCCUCGUGGUCCUUACCCCCCUCCCCUAGUGAUCCUUACCCCCCUCCCCUUCCCUCCCCUAGUGGUCCUUACCCCCCCUAGUGGUCCUUACCCUCCUCUUCCUUCCUGCCUAUGUAGCGUGGCCGGGCGGCGUGGAACGUGGGACAGCAACUUCUGUUUCCUGUACCUGCCCGCCGGCGGACUUAAGCGGCAGCUGGGUACAGGAAAAAGAAGUUCCUGUCCCGCGUUCCGUGCCGCCCGGCCACGCUACAUUGAGAGACCGGCAGGAGGGAGCGCUCUGCGCUUGCUUCCUGCCAGUCACUCAAAUCUGGCCGCCCUCCAUACAGCAGUGCUGCGCCGCCUGAGGCUUGUAAAAGCACUCAGACGGCGCAGCAUGAGGAGCCGCACCGGUGAUUCUGGGCUCCGGCGCCCCCUGCUAAGGUGUGCCCUAGGCGGCUGUCUAGGUCGCCUUACAGGUAGCGCCGGCCCUGACUCUGGGUUACGUGGGACACGUGGUGCAUAAUACUAAUGUUUGGUGUUUUAUAAAGGUGAAAUAUUCUAAACAGAGAAUGAGGAUGCCUUUACUUGUGACAUCUAACAAUUUUAAAAAAGCAUUUUCAUUAAACACUAAAGUAUAGUAAAUAUUGUAGUUUUUUUAAAAAAAAUUUACGUUUUGAGUUUGUGGCUUUCUUGCAGGUUUUGCUAUGAGAAAAUCUGUUGGGGGAAAAAGCAACACACUGAAAUAGCUUGCUAAAUACAGGAGCUAAAAAGUACAUGUGAAAAUGUCAUUUUUCUUCUAUUUUUAAAUGCUGAUUCAAAUUGGGAAAUGUGCGUAUGAUCCUAAUGCUGUGUGUAUUGGCACACAGUGAAAAUAUCAGACCCAAAGCAUCAUAGUUUGUGAUAUUUAACAGAUUGUGGCACUCUGUUUAAUAUCACACAUCUGAUAAAACAAAACCACUUUUUACUGGGAUUUCUUUGUUUUUUUAUGUCUUUAUUUUACACAUCCAGGAGCAAGCGAGAUAAAAAUAUCCAGGUACCCGAGGGGAACAAUCAUCUUUGAAGUGAUAUUUGAUGCAUGCGCUACCAUAUUAGUUAAAAAUAAAUGUUCUAGCAUUUGAAAGCUGGCAAGAAGAUUUGAUGUAGAUAUUGCUGCUCAGAAAUACCUAAAUAAUUGUCAUCUUACACUAUUUAAAUUUGUUUUUAUUUAUUUGCUAAUCCAUUAGAUAAAUAUAAAGUUUCAUAGUUUGGUACCUCACAGUAUAGUAAUUGAAAUAAAAGAAACCCCUGUCUUGGAGGGUUAAAGUGACUGCGUAUGUUUUAGGGAUAUUUGUCAUUCACACAGGAUUCCGAUAAGGAUGUUUUCUCAAGGAAGGUAUGAUAUUCAUUAAUAAUUUUUUUAAUGUUUUAGGAGAGUGGAGAAACCUCAUCGAUAGACUCGCUGAAUACGUUUGUAAAUCUGCAAAAAUAUAUCAGUCAGAUUUUAGAUGAAGCCUUCCAGACAAAAAUGCUAUGGGUGUCUUCAUCAAGCAAAUUAACAGUAAGUGGUAUGAAAAGAACGGCACGUUUAUAUUUACUGCUAAAAAAAAAUUAUAUUUAUUUAAAGGGGAAGUUACAAUAAUGUGCUUAAAAAAAAAUUGUAGGGUUACUCACAAAAGUGAGAAUUCAAAGAGAAUUUUACAUUUUAAGGUCAGAGUAGCUGAAUUGUAGCAUUGCUGGCCUAGUGAAUAUUUCCAGAUCAGCGAUAUUGACCUGAAAUGUGAAAUUUCCUUUAAUUCACUUUGAAUUCUCAGUUUAGUGUAGAUGCCUGUUAAUCUCAUUUUAUCAUUGGCUUCUGUGGUGCUUCACCAUUUACGGUCACUAUGAGGAUCUAGAAAGUAUGGGUUAUAAAGGAACGUUCCAAAAACCCUAAAACACUCCAGCUUCAGGUAUGCAUUUAGUUUUGAGAUUCUACUAAAUCAGACUGGUUCUGUGACAUUGACGUAGAAUCAGAAAUAUCAUUUCGUCACAUACAGUAUGUGUGACAAAAAUAUGUAAAUUAAAACGGUGAAAUAUUCUGCUGGUGAGAGCUUCUGAGGAACCUGAAGCAUCUCUGAAAUGCAGCUUUAAUGUAAAAAUACGUCAAUAUGUGGGUGUAAUAUCAUACAAAAAAAGUACAAUUAUACUAAGAAUCUGCAGAACAAUGUGAGCCGCUAUUGCAGCAUGCAGUGAAUCCCUGUAAUGUGCUCAAGGCCUUCCCUAAAUGGAGCCGUAAAAUAUAACCUACAAAGGUUGCUACAGAGUAUUGCAGAAAAAAGUGGGCAGCAACUCAUGGGACAAAAUUCUAUCUCCCUAGCUCUAACUACUUUGAUAAGUUUAUACCGGAUUGUAAGUCCUAUUUAAGUUUUGGAAUAUUGUGAGAUUCUGAAACUCUGGUAAAAUCUGAUAUCAUUAUGUUGCAGUUGCUGCCUAUGUACAAUUGAUCUAUCUAUCUAUCUUACAGGCAGCUCUGUGCACUCCAGAUCGCAGGCUACAAGAAGAUAGCAAAAAUGUCCAGAUAGCGGUCACUUCGGGCAGAUACGACCGAAUCCUUCUCUUUGAUGACUCUUUGGUAUUUCUUCAGGUAUGUAUCAUUGCUAAUUUUAUCGCUGACAUUAAGUGUUGUGACGCCAUAUAAUACGUUGUUUGCUUCUUAAUUUUGUCCUUUAGGGGAUUGAAACUCACAUCUGUGAUUUAAAGACAGUUUGGGUAUGUUCCUCGACAAAGCAGAACUAUUUUCAAAACUUGUGAGUAUCGACACAUGCCAAUCCGCAAUACUUCCACAUACAUUUCAAGUAAUUCCAGUUUUCCAUAGAAGAAAUGUUUCUGAGUUAAAUUUGGUCUUUUUACAGGACCAUUAUCAAAUAGUGGAGGGCAUCAUUCUUGUCUUGUCUGAUGUUUGGCACAUACGUUUAGUCCCCAGAUAAUACCACCAGGAUAUUGCACAUGCCACGCAACUUUCUAUAUUUCGUAUUCCAUUUAUAAGUUUACGGUCUGACUACUGCAUUCAUGAGGAAGUGUACUUAGUCAAGUGGAUAUUGAGAGACUAGGCAACUCCAGGGAAAACUCCCUUGCUUUUAUAACCCUCCCUAUCACACAGGUGCCUCAUUCCACUGUCCUCUUUACUCUUAUACUGCAGAGAGCCUCUGGAAAAAGGAUUUCCAAAGUUAGUGGGUUAAUCUUAUAAGAGCAGGCAUUAGGGUGUUUGAAUAGGACCUGCCAAAAAUGGGGCACAUAGGCGUCAAUGAAGUCAGGUGAUUAAAAAAAAACAAGCAAACAAAAAAAAAACUAUUGCAUUUUGUGAGCUUUGAAGCUGGUAUGUAGUGACUGAGUGAGUGUGCUACAUAUUCCGUACGUUGCCUGUGUGUGUGUGUGUACGUGUAUUGCCAUAACUUGGCUGUAGGAUUAACCCAUCUAUUAACUUUUCUACAGCCAGCUGUUGCAGAUCAUCACUCCAGAGGAGGAAUUUGUGCUUACUUCCAGAGAACCUCAAAAUCAGGUUUGUUAAAUUAAUAAAUAUGAUAGUGACAAUUACAGGACACUUUGACCACAGAUCAGAGAUUUACCAUCAGACAAGUUUGAGAUGGAUUGUUACAGUAUACACAAUAUUAUAAACAAAGUCUUUUCUUUCAUUAUAUUCACUUAUUUUAAUCUGCAUAAAAGCAAAAACUCCUCCACAAUGUAUCUAGAUGAUUGUAUCCACAAAGUAUGCUAUAUAUUCAGAAAUCUGAAACCGCUAUCUAGUCAUUAAUGACUAGCAGAAGAAAUUUCCUCGAAGUGAGCGUUGUCACUUUUUGUCUCGCAGGAAUCUCAAAGCGAAAAUAACUGCUCAGCUGUCAGAAAUAAACACAAGUUGCAGAAUCAGAAAUAAAAAGAUUAAGCUGGUAUUUGUGGAUUAGAAUGUUUUGUUAGUUUUCGCUUUAUCCAAGGGACGGUGUUGCAGGCGUUCACGCUAGGAGGACGUUGAUCAGGGACAAAGUUCAGAAUGUUAAAUUAUCGUCUUUAUUAACUAUAAUGGCAGUUGUCAAAUACAUACUUUCUUUUACAUCACAUACAUAAUCUCCUUACACAGUCCUCAUUCCAAUCAAACUGAUAUUACUUAUUUGACAUUUUUCAUACAUUAUCUAUGAUUCUAUUAUUUUUAGCAGCAAAAUUACAGUUGUGAUUUCUUUAUUUUACAAUAUGAGAGAUAGUGACCACACAGAUCCAUAUUCAACUCUGGUCGGUAUUCGCCCAAACAGGACAUGGCACAGUCUCCAAAAAUCGUGGUAUAAGAUCAUGGCACAAAUGAAAGAUGUCUUGGGCUCACAAUAAGGCUUUUGUCAAGUCCGCUGUGUUGUCCAUGUAUUUCACUGAUUCUAUCCUCAAAGUGAUAGUAAAUACAAAACAAGCAUCUCCACUUAAACAAUACAGUUUUGUUUAUAUUCGUGGGUGAAUUCCCCGUGUCUCCUGUAUAUCCUUAAAGUGGAUAAACUGUUUUUUCCAGAUUUAGCUGAAAUUGUUAUUUUUGACAUUCUGUGAGGUUUAGUUAUGACUAAUGUUAAAUUGACCCUAUGAUUGCCGGAUAAGUGCGUAAUGCUAUCUGGAGCUAGUAGGAUUAAACAGGAGCCCUUACAAGUUGGUCCCUGUAAAAGCUUAAAAAAAAAACAAUAAAGAGAAAUAACUUCUGUCGUAUGAUUUCUCUUUUUUGACAUUUAUUACGGCACUGGGAAGUCAGCUUCCAAAUAUAAACCUUCAUUAAGGAGGAAUUCAAAGAAUAAAUAGAGCGCUUGGAAGAGAUUAUAUUAAUAGUUGUAUUAAAAAUAAAGCAGCUUUCACAAAAUAGUUUAGAUUUUGUGAUAAGUAUAAUUAUGGAGAAAAAGUACAUUCAUUAGGAUUAAACCUAAUCUGAAAAAUAAAUAAAUAUAGUCAAGGAAUUUACAGAAACAAGAGAUUUUUGAUAACAAAAUAACGAGUUUCUGAUUGACAUAUAGUCAGUGGGCCUGAUUACGUGGAUUACAUGGGAGAUAUAAAUAUAUUUUUCUAAAAGUAGACUGGAUCCUUGAUCAAACAAAGAUUGCGCGGUCAUAACUUCACAUAUUGUUUUGCUCACAGGUUUUCCAUUGUCUAACAAUUUAAUUUUAUAGAGAAUUCCACCUUGUAUCUGCAUCACUGACUGUCAAAGGGAAAAACAACAGGAACUAACCGUCUGUUUAUCGUAAUAACCCUCUGGUCUCCCUCCUCUUACAGUGUAUUACAAUACAAGCAGUAGGAGAACUCCUGACUUUCAAAACUAAGGCCAAAUAUCGGGACUGGAAUUUGUCUGAAUUCAAGUUUUCGUUUUCUUAACUUGGAAAUUUUCAGCCUGAAUUUGGAACUUGAUUCUCAAGUCACCAAAAUGUGCUGUUUAGUAAAUAAACCCCUUAUGUUAGAAGAAAGGCAUAUCUUCUCCGAUAUGGACGAGUGAAAUAAAAUGGACAAAUGUGCAAUAUUCUAGAGCUCAAUGCACCAUGUUGGUAUUUUAAUUUAUUUGUUUGUUUACAUGUAGGCUGUAUGGCAAUGGAAACUAAACCAACUGAUCCAGCAGAGGCUGAUCGGACGCAGGAAUUUUCCUCUCUGGGGGAAGGCUGGAGAAACCAGCGACCCUCCGACAAGUCGCGUGUCUACGUAUACCUACAAGAAUGAAGGCAGAUUCAAAAAUGCGACCUAUGAUGGAGACAUGUCCUGGGGAAAGCCUGACGGAAAGUGAGUAACGUGUUUUUAUUAAAAGUAACCCAUAAGAUGUGAGUUCUGUGCUAACAUGGGUCCCUGAAUGCUCACAGACUGUAGAAAUUAGCUUAAAGGGGCACUAUAAACACCGAAACAAUUUUUUCAUAAUCAAGUGGUUUUGGUGUAUAAAUCAUGCCCCUGCAGCCUCACUGCUCAAUCCUCUGCCAUUUAGGAGUUAAAUCACUUUGUUUAUGCAGCCAUUGCCACACCUCCCUGCAUGUGACUUACACAUCCUUCCUAAACACUUACUGUAAAGAAAGAUGCUUAACCCUCUUUUAUUGCAAAUUCUGUUUAAUUUAGAAUUUCUUAUUGCUUGUUCUGUUAAUAGCCUGCUAGACCCUGCAGAAGCCGGCGGGGAGGGGGAGAAGAGUGAUUAAAGUUACAUUUACAGAACAGAAGAUAAAAAAUGUCAAGUAAACCCACUGUGUUGCCACUCCUGAUUAAAAUUGAAACCAUUUUUUAAAGCAGGCUGUGUCAGUCACAGCCAAGGGAAGUGUGUCUAGGGCUGCAUUAACAGAAACAAAAGUGAUUUAACUCCUGGCAAAGUAUUGAGCAGUGAGACUUCAGGGGAAUGAUCUAUACACCAAAACUGCUUCAUUAACUAAAUUUGUUUUGGUGACUAUAGCGUCCCUUUAUGCAAAAACACAAGAGAUGAGCUUUGUCAUAUAUACCUAUUAUCAGUCUUAUUCAAUGAGACUCCACAGGUAAAUCCUGGACAGAUGAAUUUAUUCAUACGUAGGUUUAUUGGAAUUACAUGUGUUUGUACCAGUUGAGCAGAAUUUGCGCAAUAUUGACGAUAUUUAAUUAUUUAACAAGUUCCAGUUGUUAAUUUGCAUUUCUCGUUCCAUCCAUCCAGGGGCACGCUGAAAUGGCCGGAUGGACGGAAUCACGUUGGAGAUUUCCAAUUUGGUCAAGAAAAUGGGUAAGAUCAUGAAUUUUAACUAUAAAUCCAUAUGUUAACUUUGUAUUUUUAUACCUUUUUUUUUUUUUUUGCUUGUUUCAAAAAUAAAGAAAUAACGAAGUAACACACAAUCAAAAAUAUUGUCACUGAAAGACCUUGCAACAAAAUUAACUGAAACAAAGCGACUUAUUCGGGCAAAAUUAGCUCAUCUGAACCAAUUAAUCAAUUUAGCUCUAGUCAAAGAUUGGCUAUUUUAGUCUAAAUUUCUCCAUUCAGAUUAUCUACAAAUAGCACUCUAGUAUAUAAUCCCAUUAAUAUCACUUUAUAAAAGCAGUGGCCUAGUGUUGGUUUGACCCUAUUAAUUCUCCUCUGCUUAAAGGUAACCUAUACGGUAAAUACAAAGUUUUAUUCCUUACGCUAUAGAACCCUCUGGUUGCCCCCUCCCUCGUACCUCCCACCCCCAUUUUAUAAAAGGAUAAAAACAACUUUGUGUACUUGCCCAAUUCCAGCACCAAUCUUCCUUGGAGUUGAGUCGGUGCUCGGCCUCCUCCGACCUCAUCUGAGUGCAUUAGGCCCUCCACAUGGAAAGCAUUUCUUCAUUUUUAGUGAAUUUUAGUGACGCCAGAUGUCCUCAUGCAGAGCGUGAGAAUGUCCAGCGUCAGGUGACGAAAAGCCAGUUGCCUCUAGUGGCUGUCUGAUUGAUUAAGCCACUCCUAGUCCUACAAUGUAAUUAUUUCUCCAAAAUUGCAGUGAUUUACAUUACAGGACUAAGUGGGACAGGGACACUUCACCCAGACCACUUCAACAUUUGAAAUACAUGUUACGACUAAAUGUUUGAUAUCUGCCAAUAGAAUGUAUGUUUGAAGGACACUUUAGUUUCUGUUCCAGGCAUAGUUCAUUCUGUAACAGCUCUGUUAACCCCUUAAGGACUAAGCCAAAUGUACACAUUGUGAACAAAACAAAAUGUAAACAAAACCUGGCAUUUGCGCUACAUGUCUGUCCAACCGUAAUUCACCUCUUUCAUAUUAAAUGCACCCACCCUUAUUAUAUAUCAUUUUAUUCAGGUGAAACAGGGCUUUCAUUUAAUAUCAAAUAUUUAGCUAUGAAACAUAAUUUAAUAUGAAAAAAAUUGGAAAAAAUACUAUAUUUUAUUUUUUUAGUUCUACAUGACAUUUUAACUGUGAAUGUCAUAAUACUGUUUGCUUUUACUGCAAUAAAAUACACAUAUUUGUAUUCAGUAAAGUCUCACGUGUAAAACAGUACCCACUAUGUACAGGUUUUAUGGCGUUUUGGGAAGUUACAGGGUCAAAUAUAGUAUGUUACAUUUGAAAUUGAAAUUAGCCAGAUUGGUUACAUUACCUUUGAGACUGUAUAGUAGCCCAGGAAUGAAAUUUACACCCAUAAUGGCAUACCAUUUGCAAUAGUAGACAACCCAAUGUAUUGCAAAUGGUGUAUGUCUAGUCUUUUUUAGUAGCCAUUUGGUCACAAACACUGGCCAAAGUUAGCGUUAGUAUUUGUUUGUGUGUGAAAAAGGCAAAAAAAUUCCAAUUUUGGCCAGUGUUUGUGACUAAGUGGCUACUAAAAAAGACUGGACAUACCCCGUUUGCAAUACCUUGGGUUGUCUACUGUUGCAAAUGGUAUGCCAUCAUAGGGGUAAUUUUCAUUCUUGGGCUACCAUAGGGUCUCAAAGGCAACGUAACCAAUCUGGCGAAUUUUAAUGUGAAAAAAAUGAAACACAAGCCUUAUAUUUGACGCUAACUUUUGAAAACAUCAUAAAACCUGUACAUGAGGGGUACUGUUGUACUCGGAAGACUUCGCUCAACACAAAUUUGUGUUUCAAAACAGUAAAAAGUAUCACAGCAAUAAUAUCGUCCAUGUAAGUGCUGUUUGUGCAUGAAAAAUGCAAAAAAGUCACUUUUACUGGCGAUAUCAUCGUUGUAAUACAUUUUACUGUUUUGAAACACUAAUAUUUGUGCUCAGCGAAGUCUCCCGAGUAGAACAGUACCCCCCAUGUACAGGUUUUAUGGUGUCUUGGAAAGUUAUAGGGUUAAAUAUAGUGCUAGCAAAUUAAAUUCCCUUUACUUUCGGCAUGGGUUGUCAGGCAGGUCCCGCUAAUUGUAAUGAAUUAAGAUACCUAAUUAUGUAAAAAUAUUACAUAAAUAUAUAUGUAGAAUUAAUAUAUGUAUAUAUAUACGUAUGUGAAUCUAUAUGUGUAUAUAUAUAUAAUUUUUUAAAAAUAUUUUUAUUUAUAUAUAGGUAUAUAUAUAUAUAUAGUGAUAUAUAUGUAUAUAUUUAUGUAUGUAGAUAUAUAUAUUAUUUUGUUCUACGUGUAUUUUUUUUUUCCAAUUUGACAAUUUUUAUUUUUGUCGGAAGAUAAUGGUUCAGAGGGGUACAGAAAGGAAAAAAGGGGUGGGGGGGGUUCAGGGGGUUGCAUUAAAAACCUGUUAGGAUUGACAUUACAGUUGAUCAUACCAUUUGUUAGCAUUCGUACAAUUCCUGACAGUUCUAUGUGCUUACAUUGUGUAGUACUGAUUGUGCUUCCAGACGUUUACAUAUGGGUUGUACAGUGGGUUGAGCGAAUUAUUGUACCCUGCCCUGCGCGUCCUCUGUGAGAUGAGGAGUGGUACUUAUUGUCCCUACAUGUGGGUCUUCCCAUGGUGGUGAGCAGGGUGUGCUUGUCCCCUCAAAAGAGACACAGAUACAGAUAGUAUGCCCGUUCGAGGGGAAAAAGGUCUCCGUUGUGGAGGGCUAUGAGUUGUCUGGCCAUCUUUCCCUUGCGGGCUAAUUCGGUCGCUGCUGGCCGACCUGUCUGGUCGUCUAUGGUAUAUGAUUUUUUUUUUUUUGCCUUCUCAGACUAUCUGAGGUUGUUCCUCGGGUGCGUACCUCUGAACGGGGCCAGGUAUAGGAGGAGGAGGGGAAAGACGGGGUGUAACAGGGGGGGAAAGGAUAACUGGGAUAACUAAUGUGUCAUGUGUGGCUGCUAUGAACCAUCGAGGUUCUGUUCUUACGUAGUUGUAUCAGUGUUGGCAGUGCCCCUAGCUGCAGCUUGGAGGGUUCUUUUAUCUAUGUAUGUGGUCCACAUCUUUCUCGCUGUAUCGCUCUCUUUGCCUGUUUUAGUUUGGUUCCACAAUAUCACCUCAUAGUCCAGGGUGGUAGUGACCAUUGCUGUCACCUCCGCCAUGGAGGGGAUCUGGGGGGUUUUCCAGUGUUUUGCCAGUAAGGUGGACGCUGAGGUGAGCGUGAGGAACAUCAAUUUAGUUAUACUGUGGGGUAUGUUGGCAGGCAGAAGUUUGAGCAAAAAUGUUUCAGCGUUGUGUUCGAGGAUGCAACCUGUGGCCCCUCUUAUUAUCUCUGCUAUUCGUAACCAGUAUGGUUGGACCUGAGUACAUGACCACCAAAUGUGUAGCAUGGACCCUGUUUGGGUCAGACAUCUCCAGCAUUUGUCACUCAUGUUGGGUAGAUUCUCUUAAGUUUCGUAGGUACCAGGUACCACCUAUAUAGUAGUUUGUGUGAGGCUUCCAGGUGCGAGGCGCACGAUGUGAGUCCCUUGUGGUUAGCAUAUAUGUGGUUCCAGUCGUCUGGUGUGAGGGUUCUAUUGAUAUCUCUGUGCCAGUCUUUUUGAAAUUGCCACUCCGGAUCUGGCUUAUGUGCGUUUAUGUGUCUGUAGCACACUGAUAAUGUAUUUUGGGUGGGGGUGAGGUGAAGGCACAUUUUUUCGAAUGGAGUGAGGUUGGGAACAAAUUGGGGUGGUGGUUCCUUGCCCGUAUUGCUGUCUAGGAGUGUUUUCAGUUGCCAGUGUGAGAAUGUUAGUUUGGCUGAGAUAUUGUAUUUGGUCUGCAGUGUUAAGAACGGGAGCGGGCCGUUUUCGGUGCAGAUUUGGUGUAGGUGUGUGAUGUUGUGGGCUUGCCAUGUUCUGUAAGGGAACGUGUUGUUGUGGAGUGCAAUUGUUUUUAGUGGUGUUGCCAUCGACCACGGUGUGGCUGAGCAAAAUGCAACCCUGUGGUUGUCCCAUAUGUUGUAUAGGAGUUUCGUGGUGGGUAGGGUGUCUCGGGGAACAUUGCGUAGUGUCUUAGGCAUCCACAUAGCAGCUGCAAGGUCUGUUUGUCCUCCGCAGCUGGCUUCGAUGGAGAUUCACUGGGGGGUGUAAGUGGUGGAGUGCAUUUGGAGCAUGUUGGCGAUGUAUGUUGCAUGGUAGUAUGCCCUAAGGUCAGGGAAUCCCAGACCUCCCUUUUCCGGGUGUCUCAUUAAUAAAGCUCGAGGGACUCUAGGGCGUUUUCCUCCCCAGCUAAAUUUAAUCAGGAGCGAUUGUAGUCUUUGGAUGUACGUCUGUUGUAUGGGGAUUUGUAGGGAGCGGAACAUAUAGAGGAUUUUCGGUAAUAUCGUCAUUUUGAUGGCCGCAAUGCGGCCUAGCCAUGAAAGGAACUUGUUUUGCCAUGAGUGUAGCGUUUGCUCCACUUCUUUGAGGAGCUUGAUAUAGUUGGUGGCAAAUAAGCCUGAGUGGUGUUUUGUUAGCUUAAUCCCUAAGAAUGUCAAGUAGUCGGUCCUCCAGUCAUAGUUGAAGUUGUGUUUGAAACGUUCCUCCUCUGAUUUGGGCAUGUUUAUACACAUGGCCUGUGUUUUGGUUAGGUUCAGCUGGUAAUAUGAGUGCGUGCUGUAUUCUGUUAUUUCUUUGUGGAGGUUGGGGAGUGAGAUUGUCGGGUUGGUUAUCGUGAGGAGUAUGUCGUCCGCAAAAAGGUUCAGUGUGUACUCCCUGUCGCCUAUUAUUACCCCUUUGAUGUUUUGGUUAUUUCUGAUGGCUAUCGCUAGCGGUUCCAACGCUAGCACGUAGAGCACGGGGGAUAAUGGGCAGCCUUGCCUGAUGCCGUUGGUUAUUAUAAAGGGGGCAGAACUGAACCCUGAAUUGAGAACCGUGGCCGUUGGGGUGCUGUACAGAGCUCUUAUCAUGUUUUGGAAGUCCGGUGGGAACCCGUAUCUCGACAACACCUCAUGUAGGAAUUGCCAAUUGAGACGGUCAAAUGCCUUCUCAGCGUCUAGGGAGAGGAGCGUGCUCUGUAGUGUGGAGCGGUUAAGGUAAUGAAGUAUGUCCAAUACUUUCCGGGAGUUGUCUGGGCCUUGUCUGCCUGCCACGAAUCCUACUUGGUCUGUUGAGAUCAAACUGGGCAGGAAUGUUUUGAGCCUAGCCGCAUAUAUUUUAGCAUAUAGCUUGGCGUCAGCAUUUAGUAGGGAGAUAGGUCUAAAAUUUGGGCAGAUCGUUGGUGGUUUACCCGGUUUGGGUAGGGUUAUAAUGUGUGCUGCUAGGAAUUCGGGCGGUAGGGUUCCCUGUUGCGUGGCUAGGUUGAGGGCUCGUGUGAUGUAGGGGGUUAAUAUGUCCUUAAAAGUGGUGUAGUACAGAUUGGUGAGGCCAUCAGGGUCUGGGGCUUUGCCUUUUGGCAUAGAAUCAAUGGUCUGUGUCACUUCUAGGGUGGUAAUGGGGGCCGCGAGAUCGGCUACUUGGUGUGCUUGGAGUUUGGGCAUGUCAAUUUUGUCGAGGUACUCCGAGAUGGUGCGAGGGGUUGGCUGAGGUACUUGUGGGUUGUCCUUUAAGUUAUAUAGGGAGCUGUAGUACGUUGCAAAUUCCUUGCAGAUUUGAGUGGGUUGGGGCAGUUUCUGUCCCUGGGGAGAGAGUAAGUAUGGGAUCCUGGUUUGGGCUUGCUUAUCCCUGAGUCUUUGGGCCAGAGUUUUGCUGGCUCUGUUACCCAUGACAAAGGUGGUCGCUUUGAGUCGCUUCAGUGCAUAGCUUGCCUUUUGGAAAUUGGUAGUGUGGAUUUGUCUUUGCAGGACAGCGAUCUCUUCCUGCGUGGCCUUGGAGGGAGCCAUUUGGUUUGUCCUGAAUAUGUGCAUGUUGUUGUUGUUUUUUGAGGUGGGCUGCCCGUCUUAUAAAUAUGCCCCUGAUGACCGGUUUAUGGGCCAUCCAAAGGGUGAGCAAGGUAAUGUCUGGGGUGUCAUUGGUUUGAAAGUAUGUCUGCAUGUCUUGUCGUAGUGUUUGGGUGAAUUGGUGAUCAGUGAGAAGUUGCUCGUUGAGCCUCCAAGGGCCUCUGUUUUUGUAAUUGUAGUGGUCUGCUAGUGUAAGUUCCACUGGGUUGUGAUCUGACCAGGCAGAGGUACCUAUCUCACAUGCUACCGCGCGGUUCAGAUGUGCGCUUUGCAAGAGGAAGCCAUCAAUUCUUGAGUAGGUGUUGUGUACCUGGGAGAAGUGUGUGUAUUCCCUCUCGGUUGGGUGCAGUGUGCGCCAUGCGUCGUACAAGCCGUGUGACUGUAGGAGCUUGGUUAGGGACUUACAUUGCCUGUGGAGGACCUUGUGCCUAUGAGGUGUAUGCUUCGCUGUUGAGUCUAGCGCGGGGUCUUGGAUCUGAUUAAAAUCUCCGCAAAUGAUCGUUGUGCCCGUUUGCGUUGAGGUUAUGAGCCUCAAGAGGUUGUGGAGGUAUCCACUUUGGUUUGUAUUCGGCAUGUACGUAUUGACUAUCGUGUAUGUGGAGCUAUUAAUGGUGCAGAUCAGUAUAAGGUAUCUCCCGUGUGGGUCUUUUGUGACCAUUAUUUCCUCAAAUGCAAGGUGUCGGCUGAUUAGGAUGGAGACGCCUUUACGUUUUGUGGGCGCUGUGGCGUGAUAUUGGUGCGGGUAUGUUGCUUUGCCCAGGACUGGGUUAGUGGUGGAUUGGAAGUGUGUUUCUUGCAGGCAAAUUAUGUCUGCUUGGGCGUUUUUUAGAUCUUUGAGUAGAAUGUGUCUCUUGUGUGGGGUGUUCAGGCCCCUAACGUUGUGUGUGUGUAUAUCUUCAUACUACUGUGUUAAGAGUGGGGUAUGCUGUUCUGGAGCUCUGUGGAUAGCUUGGGGUGCACAGGGUGCGCAGCUAAAAGGGCUUGCCAUGUGAUGUUGGAGUGCAGUGCUGACACAUUUGGUUAAAAAAAACAUACAAUCAUAAACCAUAACAUAAUUAAUAUAAACGUAAAACAACAUGUGAACGCCACUGUUGGGGCGUACAGAGGUAUCAACUUGGAGGUCAUGGGUCUAACCUCCUUGGUUAGGGGGUAGGUGGCCGUGUCUGGCCGGUCUAGGUCUGAUCCCGUCCUGCAACGGUGGCCAGAGCUCGGUAACUGCUUGCACUGUAGGUCGGUUGGGGGCUACGGGGAGAAGGUCGGUGCUUAUGGAGAGGGUUUAGUCUGUCUCAGUGCGGUCAUGGGGGCUGCCCUGUGGGGUGGUGUUCAUGGUUCUUCUGGUUAUGGGGGGGGUCUGUUGUUCCGGUCUCCCACUAUCUUUGUGAUUUUUUUUUUUUUUUUUGCCCUUGGUAUAUUUUGUUUAGUCUGUCUUGCGUCAUGAUGUCUUUGUGGUUGUGGGGCCUGUGGUUGGGGGGUUCAUCAGGGUUUUGAGAAAGGGGGUCCGUCUAAAUUCGCUGUAGGUCCUCGUGACCUGUGUCUCGAUCGCGUACGUCUUUACUUAGUACCGUGUGUGUCUAGUAUCUGUCUAGUAUCUGUCCCACCGGUGUUACCCUGUUAUCUGGGCCCAUGGGCAUAUUCCCCUAUCUCCCAUCUCCUAGCUGUUGGGUGUAUAAACCCCGCUCUCAGUCCUUACAUGUCGACCUGUCCCCGCAGACCAAACCUGUGGAGAGUGUCCCAUAAAGUUCAUCGCAUCAGUCGCUGGGUGUUCCUUCUCGGCUUGGGCGUUUUCCAUUCCCCUUGGAUCUUGUCGAUUCGUAAUGGUCCUUUUUCGGACGUGGUCUCGGUUAGUCCCCAGGUUUGCAGAAGCUCUACUCCCUCUUGGUUAGAGGUUAUCACGUGUAUCUUGCCGCCUUUGUGGAUCAGGAGUUUCACUGGGUAGCCCCAGCGGUAUUGAAUGGUGUGGUGCCGGAGAGUCUCCGUGAUGUUGCGGUACGAUCUCCUUCUCCGCAGGGUUUCCGCUGAUAGGUCCGCAAAUAUCAGGACAUCUUUGAAUUUCUCGUUCCCGCUCCGUCCGGUUCGGUUGGCCUUGAGGAUCUGUUCUUUCACGUGGAAAUAAUGGACUCGCAGCAAGACAUCUCGUGGGUUGGAGGUGGGUAGGUGUGCGGGUCUCGCUGUUCUGUGGAUCCUGUCCAGGAUCAGCAUAUCCGCUGGGAUAUCUGGCAGCAUGGAGUGGAAGUAUUCAGUGACGUAAGCUGUGAGUUCGAUUUGGGUGAUUGCUUCUGGAAUGCCUCUCAGUCGUAGGUUGUUACGGCGUGAGCGGUCCUCCAUAUCCAUGAGUUUGUACUCACAGCGUUCCAUUUUGCUUUCCAGCUCCUCUACCCUGUCAGCCAUUGUGUUUUGGGCUACAGUGAAUUCCUCCAUUUUAUUUUCUAAAUGGGAGGUGCGGUUGCCAAUGUCUGCUAUAUCUUUAUGUAACUCUGCCACUGCUGCUUGUAUUGUUACUUGCAUUUUGUGUGCUAGGGAGUCCAGCAUAUGUUGCAGGGUCGGCUUAUCCACCGCCAUUCCCGCCAGUGAUUCGCCGUCGGCGUCUGACUCGGCGCCAUCUUGGGCUGAUGCGUCCGCGUUUUUAUUUUGCAGUGCACUGGCCGUGAAAAAGGACGCCUUGUCCUUGGCCUCUGGUGGUUUUUUCGUGCGGUGUUGGGACAUGCUGGUAGGUGUUUUCGGUGCUCGUGGGUGCUGUGUUAUCGCUGUGUAUUAAGCUUUUCACGAGCCUGGCCGUCGGAGCUCGUUCAGCCUGCGACCAUCCGGCUCGGCUUCCGGUCACGCCCCCCAUCUAUAUAUUUUUUAAUUAUUUAUUUGUAAUUAUUUUUUAAUUUUAUUUUUUAAUGUAUUUACAUAUUUUUUUUUAUAUUAUAUAUAAAUAUAUAUAUAUUAAUAGUAAAAUACACCUAGACAGUGUGUGUGUGUGUGUAUGUGUAUAUACAGGGAGUGCAGAAUUAUUAGGCAAAUUAGUAUUUUGACCACAUCAUCCUCUUUAUGCAUGUUGUCUUACUCCAAGCUGUAUAGGCUCGAAAGCCUACUACCAAUUAAGCAUAUUAGGUGAUGUGCAUCUCUGUAAUGAGAAGGGGUGUGGUCUAAUGACAUCAACACCCUAUAUCAGGUGUGCAUAAUUAUUAGGCAACUUCCUUUCCUUUGGCAAAAUGGGUCAAAAGAAGGACUUGACAGGCUCAGAAAAGUAAAAAAUAGUGAGAUAUCUUGCAGAGGGAUGCAGCACUCUUAAAAUUGCAAAGCUUCUGAAGCGUGAUCAUUGAACAAUCAAGCGUUUCAUUCAAAAUAGUCAACAGGGUCGCAAGAAGCGUGUGGAAAAACCAAGGCGCAAAAUAACUGCCCAUGAACUGAGAAAAGUCAAGCGUGCAGCUGCCACGAUGCCACUUGCCACCAGUUUGGCCAUAUUUCAGAGCUGCAACAUCACUGGAGUGCCCAAAAGCACAAGGUGUGCAAUACUCAGAGACAUGGCCAAGGUAAGAAAGGCUGAAAGACGACCACCACUGAACAAGACACACAAGCUGAAACGUCAAGACUGGGCCAAGAAAUAUCUCAAGACUGAUUUUUCUAAGGUUUUAUGGACUGAUGAAAUGAGAGUGAGUCUUGAUGGGCCAGAUGGAUGGGCCCGUGGCUGGAUUGGUAAAGGGCAGAGAGCUCCAGUCCGACUCAGACGCCAGCAAGGUGGAGGUGGAGUACUGGUUUGGGCUGGUAUCAUCAAAGAUGAGCUUGUGGGGCCUUUUCGGGUUGAGGAUGGAGUCAAGCUCAACUCCCAGUCCUACUGCCAGUUCCUGGAAGACACCUUCUUCAAGCAGUGGUACAGGAAGAAGUCUGCAUCCUUCAAGAAAAACAUGAUUUUCAUGCAGGACAAUGCUCCAUCACACGCGUCCAAGUACUCCACAGCGUGGCUGGCAAGAAAGGGUAUAAAAGAAGAAAAUCUAAUGACAUGGCCUCCUUGUUCACCUGAUCUGAACCCCAUUGAGAACCUGUGGUCCAUCAUCAAAUGUGAGAUUUACAAGGAGGGAAAACAGUACACCUCUCUGAACAGUGUCUGGGAGGCUGUGGUUGCUGCUGCACGCAAUGUUGAUGGUGAACAGAUCAAAACACUGACAGAAUCCAUGGAUGGCAGGCUUUUGAGUGUCCUUGCAAAGAAAGGUGGCUAUAUUGGUCACUGAUUUGUUUUUGUUUUGUUUUUGAAUGUCAGAAAUGUAUAUUUGUGAAUGUUGAGAUGUUAUAUUGGUUUCACUGGUAAUAAUAAAUAAUUGAAAUGGUAUAUAUUUGUUUUUUGUUAAGUUGCCUAAUAAUUAUGCACAGUAAUAGUCACCUGCACACACAGAUAUCCCCCUAACAUAGCUAAAACUAAAAACAAACUAAAAACUACUUCCAAAAAUAUUCAGCUUUGAUAUUAAUGAGUUUUUUGGGUUCAUUGAGAACAUGGUUGUUGUUCAAUAAUAAAAUUAAUCCUCAAAAAUACAACUUGCCUAAUAAUUCUGCACUCCCUGUAUGUAUAUGUGUGUGUGUGUAUAUGUGUGUAUAUGUAUGUGAUCUAAGUAUAUAAUUAUUAUUUUUUUUUACACUUAUUAACAUUAUUUUAUUUUACUUCCAGCCAGCAGGGGGACUACCUGUCAUUACAGGCAGUCCCUCUGCUGGCAAUGCAGCAGGCAGCUAACCCGGCCAUGUGUUUGUGAGGGGCUGCAGGAGGUCUGAUGUGCCGCGGGGGGCUCCCUGGGAGUCCCCCCAACCGCGAUCCCUGGCGUGGGAUCGCCGGCGACCGGGCAAGUAAAAAAAACGGAGGGCGUACUAUUACGCCCGGCGGCGUUUAGAGCCGCCUAAAAUAAGGCGUAAUAGUACACCCUCUGGUCUGAAGGAGUUAAAGAAACACUCCGAACACAUAAACGUCAACUUACUGAGUGAAAGUGUGCCUUUGUUAUUCAGUUUAUAAAAUGCCAGUUUCAAUACAAUAUAGUACUUUUAUAAAUUAACUUUGUUAACCCCACCCCCCCCAGCUUUUCAAUCAGACAACCGGUCCUGUUAAUUCCUGGUUUGUUUAGCUCAGUGAAACCAAACUCAAGAGGCAGCAACUGCCCAGAGCACCUGCCUUGCAAAGACUUCUCAUUAGGUUACACUUGGAAGUCUGUGAUUGGACAGCCACAGAAAGGCUGGGCGGGGUUAGAAGGGGAGGGCUUGCAGUAGCUGUAGGUAGAUCCACAGCUAGUGUGAGCCAAGAUUUUAUAUAACCCCAAAUAAAACAUCGAGCACAAAUUACCUGCAAAUCCUCUGUUAUAUGUAUUAAAUUAUUAACAUUUUUUUGGAGUGUUGAUUUAAUGUGUCCAUAAGGGAGCACACUGUGACUGACACUGCUCUUUGGCCAUAGGUUUGGAGUUUACUUGGUUCCCAGCUCUUUGCCGGACAGAUAUGACUGCUACAAAUGUCACUGGCAGAACGGAGUCAUGCAAGGCUAUGGAAUCUGUGAGUAAGUAGCUUCUAUUCCGCCACAUAACCAAGCUAAAGAGACCUCCUUUUACUCAAGGGCUGUGUGUUGAAUUUGGAUUUAAAAUCUUGUAUUUUGCAGAAUUUUCCUGUUCAAUAUUUAGUAAAUAAUGACCUAAAGUGUGAAUUGACAGACAUUGAAAGUGAAUAUAUACACUGUAUACAUAACUCUCCCUUUGUUGAUUAUAUAUAUUUCCACCUUGCUGCUUCUAACUCUUUUUGUCGGUUUCUGUCUGUGUCGAUUGCUGUCUGUGCCGGUUGCUGUCUGUCUCUCUGUCGGUCUCUCUGUGUUUCUUUUUGUUUGACGGUGUUUCUCUCUUACAUUUGUCAGCCAUUUACUGGUGAUAUUAAGAUAUUAAAUUAAAAGCUGUUCUUCGUGGAAUUUACCAUAUUGUGAAUGUGGAUUGCUUCUUGUUUGUUUUUGUUUUUUAAUGAAGUUUUUUUUUUUUUUUUUAAUGUUCUAUAAUCAUAGAAACAAAUAGUGUUGAAUAUUUCGGUUAAUGUUAAAUCAUUCUUACCAGGUAUGCUGAUGAGUCCGUGUACAAAGGGUAUUUCAAAGACAACAUGCGCCAUGGCUAUGGGAUUCUGGAAAAUCUGGCAUCAACCACAGACCCAUUUAAAUACACCGGCAAUUGGCAUAAAGACAAGAUGUCAGGAUACGGAGUCUGUGAGAGCACGCAGAAGUAAGUAAAAAAAAAGAAAAAAGAAUUAAAACAAUGGGAUUUUCGUAUUGAAGGGAAAGUAACUAUUGAAAUUGAUUGAUGUCAGAGCUGUGUGCAUUGCUUUCCUACCAAUGGCUGCAGCCACAGGGCUCGAGUCAAUAGCAAAAUCCAAUUAACCACGAAAGGAGGAAGAGAACAUCUGAGAAACAUUGGGUAGAAACCGAAAUUAGCCGGAUUGGAACACAGAGAAAGAAAGGAAGGUCAGAAACAGGUAGAGGUAUAGAUAAAAGCCUGGAGUAGGAGACUGGAACUGAGGGACCAGCAUGGAGUAGGAGACUGGAACUGAGGGACCAGCCUGGAAUAGGAGACUGGAACUGAGGGACCAGCCUGGAAUAGGAGACUGGAACUGAGGGACCAGCCUGGAAUAGGAGACUGGAACUGAGGGACCAGCCUGGAAUAGGAGACUAGAACUGAGGGACCAGCCUGGCAUAGGAGACUGGAACGAAGGGACCAGCAUGGAGUAGGAGACUGGAACUGAGGGACCAGCCUGGAAUAGGAGACUGGAACUGAGGGACCAGCCUGGAAUAGGAGACUGGAACUGAGGGACCAGCCUGGAAUAGGAGACUGGAACGGAGGGACCAGCCUGGAAUAGGAGACUGGAACGGAGGGACCAGCCUGGAAUAGGAGUCUGGAACGGAGGGACCAGCCUGGAAUAGGAGUCUGGAACAUUAGGGACCAGCCUGGAAUAGGAGUCUGGAACAUUAGGGACCAGCCUGGAAUAGGAGUCUGGAACAUUAGGGACCAGCCUGGAAUAGGAGUAUGGAACAUUAGGGACCAGCCUGGAAAAGGAGUCUGGACAUAGGAAUAGAGACUGGAAUGAGACUACAUUGAACAAAGAAUGGAUAAGCUGACAUUUGUAUAGCUCUUAGCAUUUCAAAUGGACAGAGAGUGACACUUCAAUUUUAGGGUGUGGCUAAGAGUGGGGGCUGUUCUUGAGACAUUCAGGUGACUUACCCAUAACAAUUUAUAAAACUAAAAAUGUAAUGUAGAGCAAUGAAUCUUAUUUACACAGACUGUUUCUAAACACAUUUGUUAUAUUUUAUAGGAUAGUCCCUUCUUUAAGCCCAAAUCCCUCCAUCUCUUUCUAGGAAAUCAUUAUUCAGAGUAUAUCUGGUUUUAUAACGGAGUUCAAGCUGAUGGGAUUUAUAGUUUUAUUGUUGCUAAAAAGGUCCACAUUUCCAACACUGUGAACAUACUGGGUUAAAUUGGGAUAUUUGUUGGGAUAGCUUGCCAAAGACUCAUAGUAAGUCCUGGUGCAAAACAAUAGGGGCACUUUGCAAUUAGCCGCCUAAGUUAAAAUACAGAUUUUAAAACGUAUUUAUUAGAAAAAGAAUAUAUAUAUAUUUUUUUUUUUUUAAGAAAUUUCCAUAAAACUCAUUUUAGGAUUAAGUAGCAAAUCAGAGUAAUGGUCUCCAGGAUUCCAAAUAAUUCGUGGUGAUCUUCCAAUGGUGCCCAUAUUCCCUCACCCCUGAAACUCUAUCUAGAAAAAUACUGCAGACGGGGUGUGUGUGUGUGUGUGUGUGUGUGUGUGUCUCAUCGCAUUGGGAAGUCUAUGGCAGCCACAGAAAGUCUGGUUGGGGUCAGAAUGGGAUGGCUUGCAGUAGCUGUAGGUAGAUCUGCAGCUAUUGCCCAUUAUACAUAAACUAACUGAAUUCAAGAUGAUUAAAUGGUAAUUACUUCUUUCUACAGAAGUGAGCGUUACAUAGGAAUGUGGCAGAAGAACCAAAAGCAUGGUCAUGGAAUCGUACUUAUGGAUUCGGGCACGUGUUAUCAAGGUGCCUUUGCGCUCAACAAGUUUGUGGUAAGUCACUUCUCUCCAUAAGUGUGCAUGGACCCUAACGCAGUGCGUGGACAUAGAUAGAUAUAUAGAAACAAAGUAUAAUAACACAUUGUCCCAUUUUAUUUACAUUUAAUGUAACCGGAUAUAGGGCACACAAAAUAAGGAAAACAUUGGGGAUAUUAAAAGGUGAAACCUCAUUAUCCUCCAACCAUAAAAUUUGGAAGGUAGCAUAUCUUACUCAGCAGGACACGUAGGGUCUAAUUUAUAUAUUUUUUUAACAACCCUGUAAUGACAAAAUAUAUUACAAGGCAUUAGUUCCUGUUGACAUCACCCAUUUUACAUUAAACUUCCACCAGUACUCCUUCCCAUGACAAAUAUCUCCGCAAGUUAUAAAGCUUAGAUCCUUUUUUUGCUCUAUGUCCUUCACUUUGUAUCUGCGAUGCUUUGUGUCCAUCCAAUGCCUUUAAAAUCAUUCAAUCAUUAUUAUUCGAGACUCUUUUUUUCUUUUACGUAAUCAUGGAGCAAACAUGUUUUGUUUUUCUUUUUAUAUUUGAUUGUAUUUGUUGUGUAAUUUACUAUAGCUAUUUUAUUGCAUAUUCUAUAAACUUACUUUUAUAGUAUUUGUUUAAUACUUAACACAGUCGAUUAAUCUUUUUAUUGUAUUUGCGAUGAACUGACUAUAAUUACAAUUUAUCUUUGUAAACGGACAUUGAGUGGAAGAUUUCUACAUUUUUCCUUGAGGUUAUUAACAGAUGAGUAAAUAAAGGUUGUUUGUGUUUAUUUUUUAGGGUUCCGGUAUUCUCCUUUCAGAAGACUCCUCCGUGUAUGAGGGAGAGUUCACAGAGGAAUGUCUGUUGGCUGGGAAAGUUAGUAUUAAAUCCUGCAUCCCAAUUCUCUUUCACUGUGCAUAUCCUUGUAAUCUAUUUAGGUCAUAGUUAAACACGUCCUGUCACAAAGUAAAUAUUUGGGUGGAACGAACAUUUAAAGCACCCGCUUACUUCUAACAUUAUCAGUCAGGGUUUUUUAUGACAGCAUUAAAGAGACACAGAAGUUACCAUAACAGCUUAAUGUAUAUAAUACAGCUUAUUGUAUAUAAUACAGUUUAAUGUAGUUAUUCUGGUGAAUUGGUCCCUGCAGAGUUUUUAUUGUAAACACUAUCUUUUCAGAGGAGAAAAACAUUGUUUACAUUGUUUCUUAGGGACACCUCUAGGUAAAGUCACUUAGAUGUGUACUAGAGGUACUACCUAGUCCAGUGCUACACAAUGUGCACUCCACCACAUGGAGGUGUUGAACGUUGCUCAUAAUUCCAUGCGUCUCUGUGAGGAAAUGCUGAUUGGCUGAUGCCGAUUGGCAUGCACACUAGCCUCCCAAUGUUUUCCACUGGGGAAGAAUUGGAUUGUCUGAAAUCAAUUUUGAUCUCAGUGGUGCCAGCCACGAUGAGACCGGCAUGGUGUAAAUAAAAAAAAGUGAGUUUAACCCCUUCCCGACCGCAGAUGAAAAUUUUCCGUCAACUUUGUCCUUCAGUUAAGGACCGUUGACGGAAAAUUUCCGUAAUUUACUAAAGUUAACCCCAGAUCGCCGCGAACGCGGGGUUAACGGUACUCCGGUCUGCCUCUGUACUAGAGGCAGACCGGGAGCAUCGGAUCGUGCUGCCCCAGCACCAGUGCUCGCUCUGACAGCCUGUCAGAGCGAGCACAUGUGCUCAGUAUACUCACCUUACGCCUCCCUGCACUUCCGGGUUCUGUGUGAAAUGCAGGGAGACGGAUCAGUGCUGCUGAUCUUCUCCCUGUGUAAAAAAAAAUAAAUAAUAAAGUCCUGCUUUAAUAAAAUUAACCCCUUCCCUGCCAAUUGAUCACUGACUACAGUGAUCAAUUGGCAGGGUAUACAUUUUCCUCAGGGGUUAAAUUUAUUUUAUUGAUUUAAAUAUUUAAAAAUUAUAUAUUUAGCUAGCUGGGAUGGGUGGAAGUUAGUGGGGAAUUGGGGAAUUUGGUGUUAGGCUAACUAGGGGUAAACGUUAAAGUUUUAAAAUAAGCUUUAAAAAGGUUAAAAAAAAGUUUUAAAAAAUGUUUAGUAAUGUUUAAGUAAAAAAAAAAAAAAUACCAACCCCCUUUACCCAGUCUAAAUAAAAAUUAACCCUUCCCUGCCAGUUGAUCACUGCCUACAGUGAUCAAAAUACAGAUCACAGUAUUAUACUGUAAUCUCAUUUCUUUUAACCCCUGAGGAUUAACGUUUGUUUAUUUUUUUUUAACCCCCAGGGGUUCAAUUUAUUUAAUUAAUUUAAAUAUUUUAUAAUUGUAUAUAUUUUGCUAGCUGGAGUGGGUGGGAGUUAUGGGAAAGGAGGAAUUUACUGUUAGUGCUGCCUAAAAAACGUUAAAGUGUAAAACAUUUAAUAAGUAAAAAAAAAAAGUUUAAAAAUGGGUUUUACAAAGUAAAAAAAGUUUUACAAAGUAAAAAAAUACAUUUAAAAAAUGCACAUUACCACUACACUUGGUACAAGCUAGCAGAAAAAUGAUCCCACGCCAAGGUUCAAAAUAUGCCUUUUGAAUUGCCCUGGGAUGUCUUCUUUAAGAAAUGGUAUGCCUUUAUGGUGUAAUUGUAAUAUGUAGCCUGCUCAAGUGCUCCAAAGUGGGACACGGACGCAUCAAAACCCUCCAUGAAAAUUCACACUUAAAAACCUUAACUUGUCACGUCUCUUUUACAGUAGUGUAACUUCACAAAAUAGUGUCUAGGUCAUACAGUGGGCAUAUUGUUUCUUUUACUCAGAAGACUUAGCUGAGCAUAAUUUGGGGGGUUUGAACUUAGUGGCACAUAUGAAAUGUACAAAAUGCCCAGCAAAAAUGUAAUACGUAUGUAAAAAAAAAUGCCCCAAAUUAUUUUUUACCACAUACUUUGGCAUAUAUUGGUGAAAAAAAUGGGGGCGUGUUAAGGCACAAUAUGCACCAUAUGAGAUACCUUGGAGUGUCUACUUUUACAAAUGGUAGGCCUUUGUGGGGUUUUUUUGAACAGUCAAACUGCUAUAAUACCCCAAAUUGAAGCAUAGGCCCAUUAAAUCCGCCUACUGUAAAUGUUGAAACGGACAGGUCUCCUAUAUGGCACUGUAGCUUCACGAAAUAGUGCCAAAGACAUACAAUGGGGGUAUCGUACUCAGCAGAAGUAACUGAACACAAAAUAAAAUUUUGUACAGGAAUAGCACACACAAACUUUACAAAAUAUACAUGAGAAGUUCUUUGUUAUAAGUUUGUGUGCCAAAAACCCCCAAAAACUAAAUUUUACUCCAAUAUUUAGCAGAGGUUGGCGGUGAAAUGGCUUCAUAGAAAGUGUCAAAACAACCUUAGGUAAAUAGCCCGUGAUGUCUACUUUAUAUAAAUAUAUACUUUUGUGUGGCAAUUUUGUUUUCUUUUAUGGCUAUUAAGUUUACAAUACUAAUACCAAAUUCUAAACUCGCUCCACAUUAAAGGUUUAUUUUACUCCUUGUACUUUGUAACUACCAAAAAAAAACUUAAAAUCCCAGACACAUUAUAUAUUCUGUAAAUCAGAACAACUAAAUUAAUUUAUUUUUAAUUACUUUCUUUAACCUCCACUAAUUAGGCAUACAUUAUUAUAGCAAAAACUGUACAAAAAACACAAAAUUGUUCUUUUUUUGUGUGCAUUUUUCUGUAUUUUUUAAAAUAAUAAAUAAGUGUGUAUAAAUAUGUAUACACAUCAAAUUACAUCAAAUUGAAGCCCUUUCUGUCCUUUAAAAAAUCAGUAUAUAAUAUGUGUCGGUGCAAUAAACGAGAGAGAUGCAAAUUGCAGUUGAACGCAUAGAGCAAGAAAAUGCAAAAAUUGCUUUUGUCAUUAAGCGUAAGACGAGCUUCUGAAGCUGUGUCCUUAAGGGGUUAAACACCUUUUUACUGUGAUCUAAGGAGGACCGGAGACCUAAAUAGUUUAACACUAUAAUAUUAGGAAUACAUGUUAGUGUUCCAUUAACGAGUCCCUAUUGAAGGUUCACAAUGAUAGGAUCAGCUUGUUAUCCGCAAUGUCAUGAAAGCCAUAUGGAUAAACGAUUUCAUCUAGAUCAGAUUUACUCAUCGUCCUAUACGUAGUCAAAAAUCAUGCAUAAAAAAUAUUUUUCUUAUCUAUUUAAGUGCUAUAAACGAUCACAAAAGCUAAAGAUAUCAUAUUUUUAUGUAUUUUUCACUAAUUAGCAUAUUUGUGUAUAAUCUAACAGGCCCCAAUAGGAAGUUUCUAAGUCCAUUGUAUUUUUAAAUUUAUUUUAAGGGGAAGCUCACGUUUAACAAUGGAUUUACUCUGGUUGGAAGCUUUAACAAAAGCCAGACCGCAGGUCUGCAAACCCAAGGAGUCCUUCAUACUUCAUGUGAGGACCAGAAUGGAAUCAUGAAGAGGAAAUUGUAAGUAAUUAUCAGAACCAUCUCAUUACCAGAAUUUAUUUAUUUAUUCGUUUUUAGGCCUGAAUUCUAGGCAAUGUCAUUAAUGUAAGACGUCCCAGAAUGUGGUAUCCUUUGAGUAUAUUUUAUUUUCAAAAAUGUUUUUCUACAUAUUGCACCACUAAGUGGUGCAUCUUAAUUUGGUUGAUGGCUACAUAUUAUAGUUGAUAACAUUUUCUCCAUUAACUGAUAUUUACGUGAGAUGAUUUUGGAGAAGAUCGGUGUGGUUUUACGAUUUUACAGUUUUGUUACUGCAGUUGUCGAAAAAAAAUAUUCAAAGUGUCAAAAUAAUAUAUUGUGAUCUCUUCCUGAACUUUCCUAGUGACAGAGCUGCAUGUUUAUUACCCAUUAGAGAUUCUACAAAAUAUUAUUUGUAUAUGUUUUGUAUUUUCAUUCCAAAGCCAGCUUGGUGUUGGGUUAUUACCUGUAGAGGAGCGAUGGCAUGGGAUUUUUGAGAACUUCCAGAAAUUCCUUGAAUCGGGCUGCAAAAGAGAAACGGAAGAAUCAUUCCUAGGUUUCCAUGUGAAAUCAAACAAGAAACUGCAGAAAUCUCAGGAGUACCUGCACUGUCAGAGGUGAGAGACGGAUGGGAGUAUUUAUUUAUCUCUAGUACCUGCACUGUCAGAGGUGAGAGACGGGUUGGAGUAUUUAUAUAAUUCUAGUACCUGUACUGUCAGAGGUGAGAGACGGAUGGGAGUAUUUAUUUAUCUCUAGUACCUGUACUGUCAGAGGUGAGAUGGACGGGAGUAUUUAUCUAACUCUAGUAACUUUACUGUCAGAGGUGAGACGGGCGGGAGUAUUUAUCUAACUCUAGUACCUGUACUGUCAGAGGUGAGAGAUGGACGGGAGUAUUUAUUUAUCUCUAGUACCUGUACUGUCAGAGGUGAGAGACGGACGGGAGUAUUUAUUUAACUCUAGUACCUGUACUGUCAGAGGUGAGAGACGGACGGGAGUAUUUAACGCUAGUACCUGCACUGUCAGAGGUGAGAGGCGGAUGGGAGUAUUUAAUUCUAGUACCUGUACUGUCAGAGGUGAGAGACGGACGGGAGUAUUUAUCUCUAGUACGUGAACUGUCAGAGGUGAGAGACGGAUGGGAGUAUUUAUUUAAUUCUAGUACCUGUACCGUCAGAGGUGAGAGAUGGACAGGAGUAUUUAACUCUAGUACCUGCACUGUCAGAGGUGAGAGAUGGACGGGAGUAUUUAUUUAACUCUAGUACCUGCACUGUCAGAGGUGAGAGACGGGUUGGAGUAUUUAUAUAAUUCUAGUACCUGUACUGUCAGAGGUGAGAGACGGAUGGGAGUAUUUAUUUAAUUCUAGUACCUUUACUGUCAGAGGUGAGAGACGGACGGGAGUAUUUAUCUCUAGUACCUGUACUGUCAGAGGUGAGAGACGGACGGGAGUAUUUAUUUAACUCUAGUACCUGUACUGUCAGAGGUGAGAGACGGACGGGAGUAUUUAACGCUAGUACCUGCACUGUCAGAGGUGAGAGGCGGAUGGGAGUAUUUAAUUCUAGUACCUGUACUGUCAGAGGUGAGAGACGGAUGGGAGUAUUUAACGCUAGUACCUGCACUGUCAGAGGUGAGAGGCGGAUGGGAGUAUUUAAUUCUAGUACCUGUACUGUCAGAGGUGAGAGACGGACGGGAGUAUUUAUCUCUAGUACGUGAACUGUCAGAGGUGAGAGACGGAUGGGAGUAUUUAUUUAAUUCUAGUACCUGUACUUUCAGAGGUGAGAGACGGACGGGAGUAUUUAUCUCUAGUACGUGAACUGUCAGAGGUGAGAGACGGAUGGGAGUAUUUAUUUAAUUCUAGUACCUGUACCGUCAGAGGUGAGAGAUGGACAGGAGUAUUUAACUCUAGUACCUGCACUGUCAGAGGUGAGAGAUGGACGGGAGUAUUUAUUUAACUCUAGUACCUGCACUGUCAGAGGUGAGAGACGGGUUGGAGUAUUUAUAUAAUUCUAGUACCUGUACUGUCAGAGGUGAGAGACGGAUGGGAGUAUUUAUUUAUCUCUAGUACCUGUACUGUCAGAGGUGAGAGACGGAUGGGAGUAUUUAUUUAACUCUAGUACCUGCACUGUCAGAGGUCAGAGACGGGUUGUAGUAUUUAUAUAAUUCUAGUACCUGUACUGUCAGAGGUGAGAGACGGAUGGGAGUAUUUAUUUAACUCUAGUACCUGCACUGUCAGAGGUGAGAGACGGGUUGGAGUAUUUAUAUAAUUCUAGUACUUGUACUGUCAGAGGUGAGAGACAGACGGGAGUAUUUAAUUCUAGUACCUUUACUGUCAGAGGUGAGAGACGGAUGGGAGUAUUUAUUUAUCUCUAGUACCUGUACUGUCAGAGGUGAGAGACGGAUGGGAGUAUUUAUUUAAUUCUAGUACCUGUACUGUCAGAGGUGAGAGACGGAUGGGAGUAUUUAUUUAACUCUAGUACCUGUACUGUCAGAGGUGAGAGACGGAUGGGAGUAUUUAUUUAAUUCUAGUACCUGUACUGUCAGAGUUGAGAGAUGGACGGGAGUAUUUAUUUAACUCUAGUACCUAUACUGUCAGAGGUCAGAGAUGGACGGGAGUAUUUAUUUAAUUUUAGAACCUGUACUGUCAGAGGUGAGAGACGGACGGGAGUACUUAAUUCUAGUACCUUUACUGUCAGAGGUGAGAGACGGACGGGAGUAUUUAUUUAUCUCUAGUACCUGAACUGUCAGAGGUGAGAGACGGAUGGGAGUAUUUAUUUAAUUCUAGUACCUGUACUGUCAGAGGUCAGAGAUGGACGGGAGUAUUUAUUUAAUUCUAGAACCUGUACUGUCAGAGGUGAGAGACGGAUGGGAGUAUUUAUUUAUCUCUAGUACCUUUACUGUCAGAGGUGAGAGACGGAUGGGAGUAUUUAUUUAACUCUAGUACCUGUACUGUCAGAGGUGAGAGACGGGUUGGAGUAUUUAUAUAAUUCUAGUACCUUUACUGUCAGAGGUGAGAGACGGACGGGAGUAUUUAUUUAACUCUAGUACCUGUACUGUCAGAGGUGAGAUGGACGGGAGUAUUUCAUUCUAGUACCAGUAUAUCUACUGUCAGAGGUGAGAGAUGGAUGGGUGUAUAACUCUUGUACCUGUACUGUUAUAAGUGAGAUACAGACGGGAGUGUUUAUCUCAUUCUAUAACACAAUGCUCAAACACCUACGUGACAAGUGUAGCAGGACUUUGUUGAGAAAACAUCUUACUAUUCCAUUUCAUGCAGGUUUAAUUAGUAAUUUCUUAAUGUUUAGAUAUGUUGACGUGCUGUCAUGCAAGAGGUCAGUAUACGCUACCUGACUGAUGAUCAAACUGCUUUUAACAUUGGAGUGACGGCAAUUUAACCAGUAGUAAGGGAUGUGGUCAUUACAGUAGCUUAUAUUCACUUAUAUUAUCACAUAGUAAAAGCUAAUAUUUCACGAUGGGUCACAAUUAAAGUACCACUGUCACUUUUUAUGUUUUUCAUAAAGUUGGCAUUUUUAUAGAAUAAGUUAUAGAAUCUUGGUUGGAAAUUCACUGAAAUUCCAGUGAGAUCAGAAGAAGUACAAGAAAUGGAGUAGAAACUAGUGAAUCCAAUAAAUUAUACAAAGUGCAACACUGACAAGUCAGGUAAGAAAUGGCACAACAUAAUGCGAAACUGUAUAUUCAAAGUAUAUAAAAUAUGUGUCAAAUGGCCACUCACAAUUUGUAAGAGAUAAAAAGGCCUUAUCCAUAACUGCAGUGGGAACCAGGCUGUGAGCGACCAGGGACCCUCAUUCGGAGUUACCUGCAGUAUCACAAAACUUCAUAGACCUUCCUCCAAUAGCUACCGGUCUGCCGGCACCACCACCAAAUUUAGGGAGUUAGAUAUUCAAAGCUGAAGACUGCGAACAGAUCUACAUCCACAUCCAAUAUACUGAAGGCCUUUUUUAUCUCUUACAAAUUGUGAGUGGCCAUUUGACACAUAUUUUACAUAUGUUUAAAUUAUGUUGUGCUAUUUCUUCCCUGACAGGGUAAACCUUAUUUUUAUACAAUGAUAUUUCCUGAAGAUUCUAUUGAGGAAAUCUUGUGGGCUCUCUAUUCUUGAAGGGAAGUUUAUUUAUUUAUUCAUUAUAUUAAUUGCACUUUGAUCACUAAAAGCACUCGAUUUAAUUGUGGAAGUCACUGCUUUAUAAUACUUAACACCAACAAGUAUCUGUUGCAAAAUAUGAAUACUGUGCAGAAUCAUAACCUGAUUCAUGAUGGUUUGUAUCUAUCCAUUUGUCUGUCUGUUUAUAUCUACCAUGUUUCCCCGAAAAUAAGAAAGGGUCUUAUAUUAAUUUUUUCUCCAGAAAACACACUAGGGCAGAGGUAGGCAACCUACGGCACUAGUGCCAUGCACGGCACUCAAGGUGUCUUUGCAUGGCACUCAAGGCUGCUAGAGCCAAACGCACUCUGGCCUAUCAGGAGUCCUAAUACGAAAAGGUGGUGAAGGACAAUCCUCAAUUUAAGCAUUGCAGCACGUAGAGGAAGUAAUCUCAGAUCACUUCGUUCCAGCACUUGUGAAUGAAAUCCACAUUGGAGUAGAGCAGCCUGCAGCUGCUGUUGCAGCUCCUGUCCUUGAUUGGACCCCGGGGAAGCCAUCCACACUGCUAGAUAUACAUAGAGCUGCAGAAUAACUCUCCCCUCAUACAAAUAAUACGAACAGCCCACAAACAAACAUACACACAAUCCGCACAAACGUAACCCGCUAACAAUCCACAUACAUGCACACAACCCCACAUGCAGCCUCUCACAUGCAAUACCCCAAACAGCCCCCACACACUACCAAACACACAAUGUGACAUUUCCAUUCACACACAAUUCCACGAGCAGCCCCCAUACACAGCCCACGUUCAUAUGUAUCAUACACGAUACCAUAAACUACUAAUGAACAUAUACAAUAUAAUAGUUCAUAUACGCACAAAUACAAAGAUACAAAGCAAUUACAGGAUAAAUAACACAAGCAGAAUACGGCAACAUACACACCUCAAUUUAAAACAAUAGGACCGGCACGCUAUGGGACAUCACAAUCCUAUAUCGGCACAGUGCUGCUAAAAGGUUGCCUACCCCUGCACUAGGGCUAACAUUUAUUCAAAGACAAUCGUGUCUUCUUCUUCUGGAACAUCAUCAUAGUUCUCCAAACCCUGAAUUCCUGAGUUUCUUGCGACUCCAUUUCCCUAAUCUCUCAUGUCCAGCGAUAUAGCUCUCCUUAAAUGAGUACUUCUUGGCCAUGUAGCCUGCUCAGUGCAUUGGCAACACUACUGUCAGUGAUUUUAUCCCAUUAAUUCUUCACCCAAGUCACAACCUCUUGCAGGCCAGGCUUUACAAAGUUUCCACGUUGAUUACUCUCCAUUCUUUUUGUAUUCAUGUAUUCAUUGAUUUCCAUGCUCUUUGGCCACCUCACAAAACAAGUGUCAGCAUUAAAUCGACCCACUUCCUUAUAGCUGCUUGUGUGCAUCAGGCUUUUUCGGUUUCAAGAAUCUAAAUGCCUGAAACACGUUCAAUCUUCUCUUUCUUGCCCUUGGUGAUGAGUAGAGCUGGGGCUUUCUUUCCAUCCAGACGAAUUGCCAAAUUGCAGGUAACACGUGCGCUUUCAUAACCAGUGGAGGGAAAGUAUUUGACGAGGCACCCCUCUGAUCAAUCGUCGUUUGAGAUCCUUGGCCCAUAAACACUGCAGUUUCUUCCAUAGCAAUCAUGUUGGAGAGUUUGUACUUAGAAAAAUCGAUGUGAUCAACAAAGGACUUGAAUGCAAGUGCAUGUUUAAUAAUAUCAGUAUCUUCCAGCUUCAACAGUGUUGUCAAUCUUCUUAGUGACAGUUCAUGUCGCUUAAGGAAGUCAUCCAGCCAGUGUUGUGAUGCUUUAAAAACGUCUGAGGAUAAUUCUAACUGUGGUGCUGUUACAAGGGCAAAUGCUUGAAUAUCAGCCCUGUGCACAACCAAAGCCUUUGCUCUCCUGUCAGCAAUCCAUUCACAGAUGAUGCCUUCCAGCCCAGGAAAUAAUGGUUGCUGACCUGAUCCACACUUGCGCUUCUUGGCAUUUCCUUCGUCCACCUGUUGCUUGAGAUUAUCGUAUUUUGCUCACCAUUUUCAGAUCAUUCGAACAUCCAACUUCAUCGCUUUGCAGAAAGCCGUAAGAUUCUUGCCCCUGGAGUUCUCUGUGAUUCCUUUCUUGUAUGCAAUGGAAUAGUUCUUUCUUUUUGCACUCAUUUUGUCUGGGUGUCAAAAUAUUACAGACUUCCGAUUUUACAACACUGUCGGUAAGUGAGGAUGCACUACUGUAGCAAGCAUGUGCCAAAGAUCAGGUCUACGUUUGGGGAAAUUCCCCCGAAAAUAGACCAGUUCAAUAGUGCAUGGAAUCACGCGAAUCUAUGUUCAGGGAAACUCUCUCGGACAUAGAUUAGCGUACUCGUGAAUGGAAAUCCGCAAAUCUAUGUUCAGGGGAAAUUCCGACUAGGGCUUAUAUUUCGAGCAUCAAUCAGUGCACAAAUUUAUGUAAACCUUGCUGGACGUCCCAAGAGGUUCGUUUAAUGACUUCCCACAGCUGACACCAAUAAAUGUUUUUUUAAGGAGCCACAUCCAGCACAGCCCACAACAAGUCCACAGGAUAAUGGGAAAUGGACACGUCAUUUUGAUGUAUCAGUGGUGUAGGUACCCCUGUAGUUUAGCUAAAUUCCUACAACAUGUUAGAUCAUAAAUAGGAUUUUAGCAUAAUAAAGUUAUUCAUAUAAAUGAAAAAUAAAUUUAUAUUGUGCUGCCUAAAUCUCAUGAAAAUUAACAAAUUAAAAAUGUGGGGAGUAAAACGGCUAGCUCUGUCAUUUUAUUAUUCUCCUGCAAAACCUGAUCUACAAACUAAUAUUUCACUAUAGAAGCAGUUCAUUUGUAUCGAAGGAGCCAGUGAUUUUCCCACCUAUUACCUGGACACGGGUCUCUCACUAUAAUCAGCAAAACAACAACGAGAGUGGCUCUAGUUUUCUAGUUUCCGUAAUAGUCUUCUAACAUAAAAACUGGUAUUUAUUAUUUUAUUUUUAUUUUUUUUAGUGAUGUUUCUGGUGAGAUAGAAGAUAUUUUGAAGGAAAUGAGUCUUCAGCUAGAACAAGAGUCCAUGCAGUGCUAUCUGGAAAAGGUACAUAUUCUUUUAUUUUAAUCUAAUUUCUCUGCUGGUUGUAGUUUGAGCUAGGAGAAUUUACAGAUUUUUAUUCUACACGAUGUUUCCCAGCGAGGAUUAUUUAUGGGCUCACUAUAGCAGUGAUCAGGGCACACAGCACACAGACUGCCAUUUUUAGCUUUAUUUUACAUUUGGGAUAAUCCCCUUAUAACAAGUAAAUACACUUCUGGGACCAAGUUUAAGAGGUUGGAAGGUAACCCUCAUACCGAUCACUCUAUGUCUAUCUCCAUCCAGGCUUUCAAGUCCUCUCACCACCCAUUGAUGAAACUGAUGAAGGAACUGUGUGUGGUUUUCCAGGCUACCUACUCGGGAAUUGGGGCAAACUUUCACCUUCUUUCAAUGGCCCAGGAGGAGAUAAAACACUAUGCUACAAAAAUCUGGGAGUUAUACAGGUAAAAUGUAUCUUGGUAGAGAUAAUUAUGUUUAUUGCGUUACUGAUUUACUAAUAUGCGGACUCUCUUCUUUAACUAAAGAGUUUACAUGAAAAAUCUUCCAGAGAUUCAUUGCAACUGCAAAAUACCCAUGUGCUUAGCCUUUACACCAUCUCAUCUCUUACUUUUACUACUACAGCCUUUCUGCUACCCGCAGGCUGGUCAUGGCCUUUCCCCUUCCCCCUAAUACUGCAAUUACUCACUCUAUAAAUCUUUAUAAAGCAGUGUCCAUUUUCUAAUGCUGCUCUCUCUUGGUUUAAAGAGCGCUAAAGGUUAUGGCUGGUGGGGCAAACGACAUGGCGGUCCCAGCCGGUGAGGAUGAAGAAGAGAGAAAGUAAGUAAAGACUGUAUUAUAUAUGAGUGGGAUUUCUGAUUGUUGUAAUAUGUGCUCAAUAGGAUAAAGACACAUAUUUUGAAUAGAGAAACUCAGAAACAUAUUUUCCAAUAAACAGAGUAUGGAACUGUUUAGGGACAUCAGUCAGAGAGCACUUACCGAGCCCCUUAUUUUGGCAUGCCUACUAAUAAAAAAAUUAACACUUUUUUAAAAAUUAUUACAUUUUUGGCCCUGGACACAUGUAAAAAUUAUUAAAACUUCACUUCCAGAAAAAGAAAAAUUGGUUAAAAGUAAAAAAAAAAAAAAAAAGGAAUUUGGUUAAAAGUUCCCCAGUUGGUUUAAUGAAAGUGUUAAUAUAUAGUGACAUGGUGCUUCGUCGGGAUGAGCGGUGAUUUGUGUAAAUUGGCAACACCAUAAGCCGUAGAGGCCUAGUAUUUACAUAAAGUGUAUUAAAACAUGGGGGAGACAACUGAGCUAAUAUAGAAAUGCAUUAUCAAUAUUUUUUAGACUUCAAAUCGAUUUUGUAUUGGGGGAAACCUGUCUCAUCCAUGUGGCAUUUUCAGUUUGGCCACAUUUCAUCAGUGCAAUUGUGAAAAUAUUCAGAUGAACCAAAAUAGAAUAUAUACAUAAUUAUGUAAAUAUUUUGCCGUACACGGAUGCAUUUUCCUGCCAUUUAGUUGCUGUUUCAAUAGCCAAUCAUAAUUUCCCCUCCAUAUUAAUCAUCAUUUUUCGGUGCCACGGGUAGAACUCAGAAUCAAAAAAUAUUUUUGUCCAUUUCAUUUGUUCUGGACCAAUCACCCAAAAAUCAGAUGGACCACAAUUUGUUUUGAGACUGAAAGCACGAGUCUAUUAUUGUUUCAGAAUUUAGUAGCAGAUGAUUAAUUAUAAAUAUAUAUCAUGUCAUUUUAUUUCUGUUGUCUCUAUAAUGCUAACCAAGUGCCCUCAUUGAAUUAUUGCUAUAACAUGGACAUAAAGCUGGUUUUUAGAUCUAUCUGAGUAAUAAUGUGUUUUCUAGGAAUGUAUUCAGUUUAUUGCUGACUUUGAUCUUCCAUUGCAGUGAGGCCCUGAAUUCAUACACUGUGGUCCUUCCCAUCCUCCUGCCGUAUUUCUAUGCCGAUCUCUUCAUGCUAUACAUGCUGUAUUACCAACAGGAAGACGCCUAUUACUGGCAGGGCAUCGUCCGCCUGGGGAUGCUGACCGACACCAAGCUGCUGCAAUUCCUGGAUGUGCAGAAGUGAGUGUGCCUCUGCGGGUCCCAGGUUUAGAUUUAACUUCAGAUCAUCUGUAGAAACAUUAACCAAUAGCCACAAUGUAUCAGUCCCCGCCUACUGUAACGUUAUACAAUCUUCAUACUGAUUUAAUUUGUGAACUACAUUUCCUUCUCAAACAUUCUCAAAAGUGGGAAAUAUAUUGCUGAAAUAUCUGCAGUGCCAAGAUUAGACAUUAGUAUCCAGGGUCCGUGACCUCGGCACCCUAGCUUUAUCUAAGCUACGUUACUUAUGAUGCCUUUAUUUAGGGUGCUGUAGGUAACAUCACUGCUCCAAAUGGUUAUUGAGCGUAACAUUCAUUAUAAGAGACAUAAAUAUAAGCAAUUUAAGAUCCCAAAAUUGAUUCUGAUGUUUUUUCCACAGGUAUAAAAAUUUCAGCAAAGGUGAAGAAAAUUCCCUUUCAGCCAUGCUGCGCCAAUCUGCACCCCCUCAUAGAGAUGCAUUUAAUCAGUUGCAUCAAUAUGGGGAAUGUUCAGUGCCUCAGUGCAGAGCGUGGAAACACCGAACGUAGGUGCUGCACACAGUGCUGCACUGAACUAGGAAGCACCUCUAGUGGCCAUCUGAGCAACUGUCACUACAAGUGUUACUAUGCAGUAAUGCAAAUACUACCUCUUCUCUAAAAAGGCAGCAUUUAAAGUGCUUAGGCUUCAGCGACAGGCAAUAGACAUCAAAACCACUACUUUACGUUAUGGUGGUUCUGGUGACUAAAUUGUCUCUUUAAAUGAUGGUUACCUUAACGACUGUACAUGUGGACAUGCCCAUCACAUGUGCAGAUAAGUUCCCUAAGCUUCACAACCUCUGAAACACAAGGAAGAGUGGCUGGGACAAAUGUGUCAGUCUAUAUGGUGACCGUUACCAACAUGUUAACAUCUUAUAGGAUUCUUCCUAAUCAAAGUACACCAUUCUUCAAAGAUCUGGCUCCAGCCCGCACUCCCCAACCUGAUCUCCCAACUCAUAUACAGAAAAUGGGAUUCUCUUUUAUAUGUGAAAUGCAGCAGACGGCCACAAUUUAUACAUUUCCCUCUUUGUAUUUCAUUAGAUUCUUAUGGCCCCUGAAAGACAUUAAGCUGACAGCCAAUCAGGUAAGCGUUUCAUUGCUACAAAUGGUUAAACGCAGUGCGAUGCAAUAAUGAGCCUUCUCCGAAUCUCUCCCAAUAAGCAGCUUCAUAUACAUCCCUUACGUAAUAAAGAGUGAGAGCAAAUUAGUAAUCAUGUAUUUAAGCAUGAUGGGUACAUUUAGCUUUUGGUGUCUCCGUUUUACCAUUACCCAGAUUAACCCUUAUUUAUGGAAACUGGAACGAUGACUCACAGGGUUUACUCAUUAAACACUCAUUGUAAUGAAUUGAACAUUUGGGCCAUAAAUAGCUGAUUUGGGGGAAAAUUAUCCCAGAACAUUCCAGACCCAGCGUGGUUAUUAUAGCAGAAUUUCUGCAGUUUGUGUUCAUUAUUUUUCUGUGUUUUAUACCUCAGUUGGUUGUUUCCCACUCUUGCCCCAAACACACAUAUUAUAGGGUAGCUUAACCUUAAAGAAAGCACAUCAUAAAAAGGUUGGAUCAGUUGUGAUUGAUACGUAGUUACAAUAACAAGAUAGAAAACCCAGCCCAGGGUAACACACAACUCUCUCCCUCUACAGGGAGUGCAGAAUUAUUAGGCAAGUUGUAUUUUUGAGGAUUAAUUUUAUUAUUGAACAACAACCAUGUUCUCAAUGAACCCAAAAAACUCAUUAAUAUCAAAGCUGAAUAUUUUUGGAAGUAGUUUUUAGUUUGUUUUUAGUUAUAGCUAUGUUAGGGGGAUAUCUGUGUGUGCAGGUGACUAUUACUGUGCAUAAUUAUUAGGCAACUUAACAAAAAACAAAUAUAUACCCAUUUCAAUUAUUUAUUAUUACCAGUGAAACCAAUAUAACAUCUCAACAUUCACAAAUAUACAUUUCUGACAUUCAAAAACAAAACAAAAACAAAUCAGUGACCAAUAUAGCCACCUUUCUUUGCAAGGACACUCAAAAGCCUGCCAUCCAUGGAUUCUGUCAGUGUUUUGAUCUGUUCACCAUCAACAUUGCGUGCAGCAGCAACCACAGCCUCCCAGACACUGUUCAGAGAGGUGUACUGUUUUCCUCCUUGUAAAUCUCACAUUUGAUGAUGGACCACAGGUUCUCAAUGGGGUUCAGAUCAGGUGAACAAGGAGGCCAUGUCAUUAGAUUUUCUUCUUUUAUACCCUUUCUUGCCAGCCACGCUGUGGAGUACUUGGACGCGUGUGAUGGAGCAUUGUCCUGCAUGAAAAUCAUGUUUUUCUUGAAGGAUGCAGACUUCUUCCUGUACUACUGCUUGAAGAAGGUGUCUUCCAGGAACUGGCAGUAGGACUGGGAGUUGAGCUUGACUCCAUCCUCAACCCGAAAAGGCCCCACAAGCUCAUCUUUGAUGAUACCAGCCCAAACCAGUACUCCACCUCCACCUUGCUGGCGUCUGAGUCGGACUGGAGCUCUCUGCCCUUUACCAAUCCAGCCACGGGCCCAUCCAUCUGGCCCAUCAAGACUCACUCUCAUUUCAUCAGUCCAUAAAACCUUAGAAAAAUCAGUCUUGAGAUAUUUCUUGGCCCAGUCUUGACGUUUCAGCUUGUGUGUCUUGUUCAGUGGUGGUCGUCUUUCAGCCUUUCUUACCUUGGCCAUGUCUCUGAGUAUUGCACACCUUGUGCUUUUGGGCACUCCAGUGAUGUUGCAGCUCUGAAAUAUGGCCAAACUGGUGGCAAGUGGCAUCGUGGCAGCUGCACGCUUGACUUUUCUCAGUUCAUGGGCAGUUAUUUUGCGCCUUGGUUUUUCCACACGCUUCUUGCGACCCUGUUGACUAUUUUGAAUGAAACGCUUGAUUGUUCGAUGAUCACGCUUCAGAAGCUUUGCAAUUUUAAGAGUGCUGCAUCCCUCUGCAAGAUAUCUCACUAUUUUUGACUUUUCUGAGCCUGUCAAGUCCUUCUUUUGACCCAUUUUGCCAAAGGAAAGGAAGUUGCCUAAUAAUUAUGCACACCUGAUAUAGGGUGUUGAUGUCAUUAGACCACACCCCUUCUCAUUACAGAGAUGCACAUCACCUAAUAUGCUUAAUUGGUAGUAGGCUUUCGAGCCUAUACAGCUUGGAGUAAGACAACAUGCAUAAAGAGGAUGAUGUGGUCAAAAUACUCAUUUGCCUAAUAAUUCUGCACUCCCUGUAUUGUUACACAACGGUGAAUAGUGUACACACAGUAAGUGUCCAGGCCUGUUAAACUUUAGAUAAUCCAUCCACCUAGGAUUCCCAUCAUCCCAUCGUUCACAUCUGUGAACCUUGACACCCUUUCCUUCCUCAACAUCACCUGUUCAGUGAAAUUCUAGGGGAAAUGUAACUAUAUAUUCUUACAUAUUUCUGUUGUCCUGUAGAGAUACUCGAUAGUGAGACACAAGUGUUUCCAAUCUGCUAUUGAAUGCCUGCAGAAGAUCAUGUAAGUCAUUCAUUCAUUAAUUUACAGGAUUCAUUAAACGUGUCGUAAUAUUUUAAUUAGUAAUGAACAAGUCAUGCAUUCUCAGCUAUCUGCACUUAGUACUAUGUUGGUGCUAUGUAAUGUUAACAAUAAUAAUCCCAUUUUACAAUCUACAAUAUUGUAUACCUGUAACAAGUCAAUUAUCUUUUUGAAAUAAAGAAACCUAAAUAAAAAAAAUAACCCAGGCUAUUGUAGGAAAUCUUAGGGCCGUGACUGACCAUACAUGAUUACCCGCGCGGAUCUCCCAGUCCCACGCUGUGCUAUAAGUAAAAAUUAUAGCACAUUAAAGAGAGGAAAAGUACAAUAAACAUGAUGCUUUAUUAACUAAUAUGUCUCACUACAGGCCCCUUGUUCCUCUAUAUAAAAGGUAGUCUAUAAUAAGAUAUAAUUUUUUUAAUAUAACAAUGGUUGGCGCUAGCCAUAGUUCAGGCAAGAUAAACUAUAGGCCAUAAUCCUCCGGGGUAACAGACCUGAUUUACAAAGUGUGCGUCUUCUAAACUCAAAUUAUUAUGGCACUGUAUGUUUGCACGUAGCAUGUCUUUUAAGAACUCUUGCUCCAUAUUAUCAUUAAAAUUACAUGUAGAAAAUUUAAAAUACAGUAUACUCUGAUCCUAAUUACUUAAUUUAUUGCAAGUCAGCUGGCUCACGGUUAUUCACUCUAAAUACCUUAAAGUUCUUAGUAAAUCGUUGAGAACUAUAAUAAUGCAAAGUUAAACAUUUCCCGAACAUUCCACAUGAUGACGUCAAUAGGGUUGCCUCUUUCAAUAUAAGUUAUUCUCAUAUUUUCAGGUAUUAUAAACUCAAUUUAAUUUAUUUUGAGUUAAUGUAAGUGUGUAAUAUAGACUACAGUAAAUGGCAGCAAUGGCUAACCGGACUCCUCAUAUAAUUGUGAAUUGUUCCCUUUUUGUCUAGCCAUCAGUGGUACGGGGAGAUUAGACAUUACCAAUAUAGUAUAGAACGUAGUCUAAGAACCAAGAUAUAUAAUUAAUAAAUAAAUGAAUGAUGAUAAAUACUAACGUUUUCAGAACGGUUAUGGAUCCAAGCCAGAAGCUGGAAAUCAUUCUGAAGACAUAUACGGAGAUUGAAAAAACGGUUUCGCGUGUGGUGGAUGGUGAUUACAAGUUGCCCAUGGACGAUUUGCUGCCAUUAUUGAUCUACGUGGCUUCUCGAGCUGGGUAAAUAUCUGUAACUUUGCUAAAGAUCCUGUUCCGUUUCUAGAUUAACAUGUUUGUUGAAGCAUUUUGUUCUGGGACAUGUUUACAGGUGUUUGUGGUUUGAAUGCAGACAUGAAAGAUUCACACGCUCAUGACACAGACCUUGUGAAAGAGUUUUCUUCUACAUUGAUGUAGACAUUCACAGGAACGGGCAGACUGGGCUGGUUUUCAUACUAUUUUAAUGCACAUUGAGCCGUUUGUAAAAUUCACAAAUUGGAUCAAGUGGCCAUGGCAACCAAUGUAAUGUUCCCGCUAAUUGACCCAGAAUUGCUUUGUAUACAUGUGGACCUCGAUAGUAUAGAAUUCACAAACUAAGAUCCCCACGUAGUGAUUUAAUGUGCUGUGCAGCUCACUAGAAUCUUUUCGAAUCUAUAACAUGUUGUGUGUUUUACAAUUUACUGCUUUAAUAGGAUCCAACAUCUGGGAGCAGAAAUACACUUUAUCUAUGAUUUGAUGGACCCCAGUAACAGGGGAGGAAUAUAUGACUUCUUGUUAACAGCUCUUGAGGUAAGUACCAAGGAAUUAAUCCCACCUUACACAUCCUGUUGUUUAAAGGGUUAACAGAGGUGAAACUUUGAACUUAAUGGUGGGAGAGGAAAAUGCUAUCUUUUAUAAGCUCUGCAUUAUACAGAGAACAAUCUGCAACCCAGGAAACCAUGAUGGUGAAUAAUCUGUAAUGUGUAUUGUGCUGUCAUGUUACUGAAUGAGAGGUGACUGAUAACACUAUGUGAAUUGUAUCCCCGCAGUCCUGUUAUGAGCAGAUUCAGAAGGAAGAAGUCCGGCUUUACAAAUGCUAGCACCGAUGUCUGGACAUGGACUGUAUGUAGUGAGAAAUAAUCUGGCCCUGAAUCAGGAGCCCAAGAACAUUUCUUGUAUAUAUUAUCCUAUUUCAGGAUCUAUAAUUAUUGGGAGACUUUGGGCAGGUCUUCAAAAAGACUUAAUUUCAACACCACGGCAACUGACUGCAAGUUACUGACAAAAAUCACUCAGGAUGGAGAUUAUCUGGAAAAUCUUAUAUCGGAAUCGAGGCUUUGGAUUGUAAUCACAGAUGUGUGUGGAACGUUUUGGAACAUAGAGCAAAAUAAGAAAAAGAAGGAAUGGAACGGUAAUAAACUAAUCCCAGACACUGGGUCUGGAAUACAGGGAAAAGACUAAAUCAGAAUAUUUAUUUAACAGGUUUACAAGACCACAACAAUAUAUUAUUCCUAAAUAUCGUUAUAAUAUCAUUAUAAUAUCUAUGGGACGUAGAGUGUCAGUUUGGACACCAUAAGAAUUUAAUUGAAAUGAAGUUGUUAUGGUGCCAGGAGGCUCCUAGCACUGGCAUACCUUAAGUGGUUACUUUGUGUGGUUACUGAUUACAUUUACCAGUUAUUGUGAAUUCGUUGGAUUCUACGAGGACAUUCCGUAUCCUAUACACCUACCUUAUAGAGCGACCUGUGUUCCCACACACAGGUACCGUUCAGUGUUUAAUUCUCUAUUCCCAGGCUGGAACUAAUUGGCUACUUCUUAGUUUUGGUUUUAGAUGUACAUAGUUUGCUUAUUUUUGUGAUGUACAGGACGUUUGGACUGUAUUUUACAAUUCUUUUAUUAAAAGUUACGUUUUAUUCUUUCCAACUAUAGUUGGGCUUCCACUCUUUGGGGAAUCAUAUAUACCCCUUUUUUCCCUUCUCUACUUAUAUUCUCAGCUCAAUAUACUUUUUUGGUGAAUUCACACGUAGAAACAUAGAAUUUGACGGCAGAUAAAAACCAUUCUGCCCAUCUAGUCUGCCCAAUAAGGGGUUACCCCACUCUCAGGAGUUGCAUAAGACACACACUAUUCGAUUAUUCACCUUAAGUUGUUAAACCUUUCUCGAGCGGUUUAUCCCCAAAGUCUGUGAGUGGUCACUUGACGCUCUCAGCCAAUCAGUGACUCCUCAUUCAUAAAACUGGCUUGAAAAAGGUAUAUUUUUUUUCAAGUCCUGACUGUAAUGUCAAUCUAAAAGAGAUAAGGGAUUUAUGGUUGAAAGUUUUCCUGUCUUUCUCCAACUCUAAGUUGACUUAGACUCCAUAGUAAGCACCACUUGCAUGGCUGACCUUACGAUUACUACACAGACAAAAUAGUGUUCCAUCCACUAAACGCAAAUUCUUAUUAUUUUCUAAGGGCUAAACGUCUAGCCUGUUAUUUAAAUAUUGACUACCUACGAUCAUGAUAGGUGGGCUAAUCACACAGGCUAUAUACAGGCAGUGGGAAGGGCAGAGCAAGAUAAUAUCUCAAAAUAUUCAUGAGGAUUUCCCAUGAUGCUCUGCCAUCUUAAUAGCUGAGCUUGACUGCUGGCUGAGUAUCUUGGAAAAUAUCCACUAACACAGGGGUAGGCAACCUACGGCACUAGUGCCAUGCACGGCACUCAAGGCUGCUAGAGCCAAACGCACUCUGGCCUAUCAGGAGUCCCAGUAAAACUUCAGAUACCUGCUAAUACGAAGAGGUGGUGAAGGACAAUCCUCAAUUUAUGCAUUGCAGCACAUAGAGGAAGUGUUCUCAGAUCACUUCCUCCCAGCACUUGUGAAUGGGAAUCCACACUGUAGUAGAGCAGCCCUUGACAGCUAUCGCAUCUCCUGUCCUUGACCUGUACCUGGCCAGCCUGGUCCCCACUGGAACCCAGGGAACCCACCCACACUGCUAAAUAUACACAGAAAUGCAGAAUAACCCACCCCUCAUACAAAUAAUAUGAACAGCCCACACACCACACACAAUCCCCACAAACGCAACACCACUAACAAUAUACAUACAUGCACACAACCCCACAUGCAGCCUCUCACAUGCAAUACCCCAAACAGUCCCCACUACCAAGCACACAAUGUGACAUAUCCAUCCACACACAAUUCCACAAGCAGCCCUCAUACACAGCCCACAUUCAUAUGUAUCAUACACAAUACCAUAAACUACUAAUGAACAUAUACAAUAUAAUAGCUCAUAUACGCACAAAUACAACGAUACAAAGCAAUUACAGUAUAAAUAACACAAGCAGAAUACUGCAGCAUACACACCUCAAUCUAAAAAAAUAGGACCGGCACGCUACGGACCAUCACAAUCCUAUAUCGGCACAGUGCUGCUAAAAGGUUGCCUACCCCUGCACUAACAUAUGCUGUGCCCUAAUUGCCUAUCAAUAGCCUGUUGUAUGUAUACAGUUAGUUUGGCUGCCAAAAUUAAUGGAACCCUAAUACACACAGGGAGAACGUGGCUGAAUUCUACUUUGACAAUAUGCAUUUUUAUUUUUUUUAAAUAAGUAUCUUCUGUACGUUUUAUGAAAGUGCAAUAAAGGAAGACAAACGGUCAAAACAAACUAACAAAGCAAAAUAUUAAAAGUGAAAUGAAACCGGCAAAGAAAAAAACUAUAAAGAGUUGGGUACAUUCACCAUGGCGCAAACAUUUCAUUUAAAGAAAGACAAUGUGAUUUUAAAUUUUUUUUUUUUUUAAAGAACACUAAAGACCCAGCUGAGAUAAAGUUCCCACUUUAUUUCUAAGAUUCCAGUUGGACCUGGAGACACUUGGUAUAGAAGGAGUAGAUUCACUCCACGUUAAGCUGAACUCAGCAGGUAUUCAAAGACGAGACGUGAAAGGAAAGUUAAUGUUAAAUUCACUUUAAGAAACAUAGCAACGAUAGAUCCUUGGUUAAUGCACCUGAAUGCAUCUGAAAAAAACAAAAUGAGAAUCCAGGUUUUUAAUUUUCAAAUACUUAGAAAAGGAAUGACCUACCUGGUUUGCACAAAAAAAAAAAAAAAAAAGUGUAAACACUGUUGUGUUAUAUGAUGAAUUUUACUACAAUUAAAAUGUAUAUAUUUUUAUAUUUAAUGGGAUGUACCAACAAUACAAGGCUGCUCCCUGUAUUUAAUUGUAUAUUCCUGCCUAUUAGUUAUGUUACCUCGGAAAAUCUUUCUUGAAUUCAUUUUUCGAAUACAUUUUUUCUGCUGAGAUGCCCGUUGUUCAUUUGUAUAAAAUGUUGGCGUUUUUUUAUUUGUAUUUUUUGAGGCUUGAUACUAAACUAGUGAAUUGACAUCACAUCUGUUUGUUCAAAAGCUAUGCAUGGGCCAUACGUAUUUAUUGCAUCAUAGAAAUAUAUUUAUUCGUAGUGACACUGAAAUCGGAGGGGAAGACAGAUCAUCUGUGCUGGACAGAGGUUUUACAACCAGCGCUCUUCUCAUCUUGAACCAUAUUACUAAAUAUAUGAAACAAAAAUACAUUAAUAAAUUCUGCUAUGGCAGCCUCUAUUUUACUUGUCUGACAGCUGCCUAGUCUGCCCACCCAGAAAAUGGAUGGAUAGUGGACAAUACCCUAAAUAGUGGGCAAUCAGAAACAUUGGCAGCUGGACCAAACAGGCCUACGAUUGGAAUGAGAGAGCCCGGCUAUAGGAUUGUAACCGCCACUAAAUUCUACACUACAAACAAAGUCCUAAACACUCCCAUCUUUAGAGAUGUGCACAUACUGUGUUCUAUUUACACUUCUUAUAAGCCUUGAAUUUAAUAUGGGUUUUUUUGGUUUGUUUUUUUUGUUUACCUUCAAUAAAAAAAUGUAUGAUUUUAUAGAAAGUGUGAAAUCAUGUUUUGUUUUGAACUAAUUUCUGUGUAACUGUGCAAACGUAUAUCAGACACUGGUUAUAAAGAUCUAAUCUGGGGCAAGAUUUCACCAGUGAAUCAAAU